AUGAGCUAUGGUACCCUAACUGAGCGCACGGCGCAAUUUUACUUCCUCCGCAUCAAGCGCAAUAUUUCGGGGGGGGGGGGCAGCCUUCUGGCUCUGUCUCCUCCCGCUGCCCCCCGCAUUCCUGCACCCACCCCCGUGCCUUGCAGACACGAAGAAGCUGAAGGCGCUACCCUUCAGAAGAGGGCGUCUCAUUUUUUUCGAGACGUUUGCGUCGGAAAGUUGACGCCAAGCGCUAGCGGUUCCUGCGCGAGAAACGCCCGUCGACGGAGACGCCCGUCGGGCUUCCGCUAGGGGGAGAGCAGCAGGCCAGGAGGAGGAGGUGAAGAAGAAGAAGAAGAGGACCGAGGGGGAGAAGGGCAAUCCUCUCCCCCUACCCCACCCCUGGCCUCCCCUCCCCUCGGCGGCUGCUCGCCUUAUUUGUCUAGGAAGUGGGUAUUCUCAGCCCGUCCAAGAUGGCCUCAAGUGGUUGUCACGGCAACAGUGUGAAAGUCAUCAGUGCCAUGGAAACCCUCUCUGUGGCAUAAUAAUAUAAAUAUUUUCCUUGAAGAAGGAGCCUGGGGAUGAGUGGGCGAUGUGCUAUUUUCUAGCGCUGCUGCUGCCUGGCUGCGGCGGACGGGAGGAAAGGAGGUGGGGGCUGGAGGAGGAGGAGGAGGAGGGACGGAGGCUCCCCCGGCGAUGGGGGAAGGGGACCGAUAAAAUUAGCUCAGCAUGUCUGCACUGGCGGGGAAGGGCCCCGCGGGCAGCGGCGGGCCUUGGCACCAGAGAGGAGCUGCGCGGGGGCUGCCUGGGCAUCGCCAGGUCCCAAGGUCACUAGAUGGGCCCACAGGCGGGCAGGAGGCGCCCAGGUAAGAGGAGUUUGCCUGCUGCUUUGCUUGACUUGCCCCAGGGCUCUUGAUGCCUUGCCUUCCUGUCCCAGAGGAGCAGGCACAUGCCAGGCAGCAGCCGCAGCAGCUGAAUCUCUGGGCUCAGCUGCACUCAGAAGCCCACACUCACUUGGCAAGGGCACUGGGCAAUGGGGAAGAUGCUUCCCAUUCCCUGGAGUUCCUGAGAGUGAGGGUGGCGCAGGGACAAGGGUGCUCAAGGCCGCUUCAUGUGUCACAGCAUCCCUGGUGGAUGGACAGGCACAGGAAGUGAAGUGCUAUGUAACCCAUGACUAGAUCACAUGUGAAUAAGAAAUGUAGGGGCGUUUGGUGGUAGUAGUAGUUGUUUUUGGUUUUCUUUGGGGCUUGUUGUAGGGAGCAUUUACUCUCAGUAUAUAAAGGCUGGAAAGCCACAGCCCCAAUUGUUGUUUCCUGGAGCAUGUACACAGGGCAGCAAUGCACGCAAGGGUACCACAUGCAGUGAUGUGCAUGCCGAUCUCACAUGGUAGUUCCUGUGUCAAAAUGCCACCUGCUUUAAUAAUUUUUGUAACGUCUGAAGGGGCCUAGACAUAAUCAUGAAACCGGAACAUCUUUUAUAUAUAACACUUGGCACAUCUUAUGGUUUGGAAUGCAUCUCGUGUUGUUCUCUCAGCUUGCAUAAGAAAAACGAAAACCAGCGCCAGUUCACCACUUUUGAAAGCAAUAUUGCAGGCUUUAUAUGGGUGAAUAGCUCUCUGAGCCUCAAUUCCCAUCUGUAAAAUGGGUAUAAGAACAACCCUCUUUAUAGACAUCUAAAAGGAAGAAUGAGAGAAGGACUGGGAGUUUUUACCCAAGUAGUGUCUGAGGUGACUUAUGGCGUAAAAGACAACCUGUUGCACAUUGAGGGCACCACAUGCCUUUGUAACAUUUUAAGUGGUAAAACGUACUUUAAAUGGAUAAGGAUGUAUUUAAAUAAUGAAAUGUAAAUGAUUUGUUGUAAAACAUUGAAUACAUCUAUAAAUGCAUACAGCCACAAACAACCAUAUACAGAACUGCAAUGGCUCCCCUCCACCCGGUAACAGAAGUGGCAUAGAUAUAGAGUUGGCAAAUUGAUAUUCAGUGUGCCAUUGUUUAAGCAGCUUCAAAUCCAGGCUUGUCAGUUUGUGGGGAGGGAAUGUAUGCGACUUCAUAAUCACAGUCUUUUUAUGACCAAUUGUUUUCUACUGUCAGUUUUGCAUCAUGCAAAGCACCUUUUGCAACACACAAUUUUCAGAAGCUGAUAUCUAUGAGGUGUUUGGCUUUCUUGAACAUAUUAUAUACAUUUGCAUAUGGAGAUGCAAAUAUUUCCUCCAUUUGCCUCCUAGACUUGUUUCUCUAACUAUUAGGAGUGAGUACCUGGGGUCUCAGACAGAGCUGUCUUCCAGACUUGCCUGUAUCCAACUCCAAAUUCUCCCUUCUCUCCCAACCAUUUGUUUUUGUGGAAGGUAGGUUUGCAGUUGCACUGGCAUACAUGGCUUUCAGGAGGGUAAAAUGCUUCUGGUACGUUGUGUUGCAAGGCUGCUUGUUUGCCUGCCUCACCACUCCUAUUGCCAGAACCAUAAGCUGCCUUAUGCUGUGAUGGCCCAUCUAGCCCUGUAUUGUGUACUACUCUGACUGGCAGAUAGCAAUCCAGGGUUAUUCCCCACCCUACUCCCUGAUCCUUCUGAAAACAAGAGGUUUGGAUCUGGCAUCUUCUGCGUGCAAACCAUGCAGAUCACGUAUGGCAGGGAUGGGAAACAUGCUGCCCUCCGGAUAUUAUUGCUGGCUGGACUGCUGGGAGUUGGUUUCCAACAGCACCUGCAUGGACCACAGAUUCUCUAUCCCUGGGCUAAAGCCUCUGCCACACUCAAGUGCUUUAUGGGCUAUUUUCCUAUCACAACAUUCACAACUGCUGGCUUGGCCAACUCAUUCUUGUCCUGAGCAUUGGGAUUGCAACAGAAGGGUGGGGUUUAAACCUUCUGAAAUAAAUUAAUAAAUUUUGAAAAUGAAUGAAUCAAUCAUGGAAUGACCAUAGCAUGGUAAAGUUCAUGCUUUGCAUGCAGGAAGUCCCGGGUUCAAUUUCUGGCAUGCCCAGGCAGGGCUGAGAAAGGCUUCUGUCUGAAACCCUGGAGAACCACUAUAUAAGAGUAGACAAUAGUGAGCUCAACUGGACCAAGGGCCCAAUUCAGAAUAAGUUAGCUAUGUAUGUACUUGUUGCAUUGGUAGUGUGCCCUUUCUUCAAGAAGCUCAGGGUGGCAUAUAUGCCUCACCUUCUUUAAUCCUCACAACAACCAUUUGUGGGUGUGUUCGUCCACAAUUCUGCUUGUGCCACACCUAGAAGGCAGUGGGAUAGGAGGAAAUGUGGUUAAGCUCUGUGCUAGCUUUGAUGGAGAGCUCUUGUUGCAGCUUCCUAAUUUCUAGUCUAGGGCUACAGUUGGGACCCUCGAGCCAGAUCCUGAUCCGUCCAAUAACUAAGUCCCAGAUCAUAGGAUCAGGCCAUAUAAAGAAACACUCCCACACUUCCUCACUAUUUUUUCAGUCACUGUUGUAUCAGUUGGAAUCAACGGGUACUUCAAAAAGUUCAGCAAAGGGGACAGAGACACUGGGUUGACUUGCUUGACAGCCCCCCUCACUCCCCCCCCGACGAUAGACCUUGGCUCAGCAUCAAUCACUUGAAGGCUCAUCAUCCAACAUGUACACUCUCUCUUGAGCGCUGCUGCAGCCCUCUGUGCCCUUUCCCUAGUACAAAGCAUGUUUGCUGCUGGUGAUGCGAGUUGCUUCAGCAGAUAUGAACUCACAGGGCAGAACAAGCUGUGCAGCGGGCGAAUAUGCUGGCUUUUUAUUCCAAACAUGUUGUUUAUGUCAUAAAAGGAGACAACUCUGCAAGACAGGACUGAGAAGUGGAAAGGUGAACAAAUAGGGCCUCUGAAGGUGUGCUGAUAUGAGCUUAAUAUGAAGGUAUAUCUGUCUGGCUGUGGAACUGUGACAAGGUGUGCAUAUAUAUCUGAAUUGGUCUUCACCGUCAGCGCUGCAUGAUGGAUGAGCAUAAUCAAACAAUGUCCUAGGGAGAACAUAUUUCCUCCUCCGCUUGUGAAAUUUCAUCACUGUUGUGGACAAGACUCUCUGGUAAUUCUGCCAGAAACCCCCCCACUACCGGAAUAGAUGGAUGCUGUCUGUUCUAAAACUCUGACUCAGGGCCAAACAAGACUUGACGUUAAAAGGUUUCAUAGCUUUAAUGUUCAGGGAUUUUAAAAAACACAAAUAGGAAAAACCUGCACAGGAGAUGCAAAGACCCGUUUAACAAUUUGGCCCUUAAUAGUCAUUUGAGAUAUUAGUUUUUAGAUUUUUUUUAAAUUUUAUUUUUUUGGCCAGCAUUCAUUUGUGAAGAGUAGCUGAAGGGGCAUAGAGUGCCCCAAAUCACCUAACUUGCCUGCUGAUCUUCUCACUUCCCCCCCGGUUGCAAAUAGUGGUUUAAAUUAUGACAUACUAUAUUGUUUGUUUACCGGUCUAUGCAAAAGAAUAAAAACUCACUGUUUAUUUUCUGAGCACCAGGGAUCUUAAAUGAUAACACCCUUUUCUAAUUGUGCAAUAGGUAUGUGGCAACAUGAAGAAGAACUACCUUUCUCUAUGAGGCAAAAGGUCAAUCUAGUCCAACAUUCUGCUCCCAGCUGUAGCUAGCCAGAUUCUUCUGGAAACUCAAAGGCAGGACAUGAAGGUGAUGCCCUGUUAUUAUAGCAUCUAGUAAUCUAAGGAAUUCUGCCUCUAAACAUUGGGGCUUAUUAAUCAUGACUACUGCCUUAUUAUUUAUUUAUUGCAAGCAACCCAGAGCCCUCUCCUGAUCAGUGUAAUUUCUGAUGUGGGAAUAUUACAUUUCCCUAGCAUUUAAACCUUAAAAUGCUGCAAUUUUUAAAAAUACAGUGAACACUGGACAUUGUAUAUUUGAUUGUCCUAUAGAAGGUAGCUGAGCAGCUGCCAAGAGGCACUUAUUGGAUAGUGAUGGAUGUUUGGGCAAAACCUUCCCAACAUCCACUGAAAAGUGCAUUAUAGUCACAUGCACACGGGGACUAGCUCUUCUUUCUGAUGAUGUACCUGGCAGCUGUGCCCCCCCCCCACUAUAAUAAAAUAAUAAUAAUAAUUUAUUAUUUAUACCCUGCCCAUCUGGCUGGGUCCCCCCAGCCACUCUGGGCGGCUUCCAACAAAACACUAAAAUACAAUAACCUAUUAAACAUUAGAAUCAUAGAAUCAUAGAGCUGGAAGAGACCACAAGGGCCAUCGAGUCCAACCCCCUGCCAAGCAGGAAACACCAUCAGAGCACUCCUGACAUAUGGUUGUCAAGCCUCUGCUUAAAGACCUCCAAAGAAGGAGACUCCACCACACUCCUUGGCAGCAAAUUCCACUGUCAAACAGCUCUUACUGUCAGGAAGUUCUUCCUAAUGUUUAGGUGGAAUCUUCUUUCUUGUAGUUUGGAUCCAUUGCUCCGUGUCCGCUUCUCUGGAGCAGCAGAAAACAACCUUUCUCCCUCCUCUAUGUGACAUCCUUUUAUAUAUUUGAACAUGGCUAUCAUAUCACCCCUUAACCUCCUCUUCUCCAGGCUAAACAUGCCCAGCUCCUUAGCCGUUCCUCAUAAGGCAUCGUUUCCAGGCCUUUGACCAUUUUGGUUGCCCUCCUCUGGACACGUUCCAGUUUGUCAGUGUCCUUCUUGAACUGUGGUGCCCAGAACUGGACACAGUACUCCAGGUGAGGUCUGACCAGGGCAGAAUACAGUGGCACUAUUACUUCCCUUGAUCUAGAUGCUAUACUCCUAUUGAUGCAGCCCAGAAUUGCAUUGGCUUUUUUAGCUGCCGCAUCACACUGUUGGCUCAUGUCAAGUUUGUGGUCAACCAAGACUCCUAGAUCCUUUUCACAUGUACUGCUCUCAAGCCAGGUGUCACCCAUCUUGUAUUUGUGCCUCUCAUUUUUUUGCCCAAGUGCAAUACUUUACAUUUCUCCCUGUUAAAAUUCAUCUUGUUUGUUUUGGCCCAGUUCUCUAAUCUGUCAAGGUCGUUUUGAAGUGUGAUCCUGUCCUCUGGGGUGUUAGCCACCCCUCCCAGUUUGGUGUCAUCUGCAAAUUUGAUCAGGAUGCCCUUGAGUCCAUCAUCCAAGUCGUUGAUAAAGAUGUUGAAUAAGACCGGGCCCAAGACAGAACCCUGUGGCACCCCACUAGUCACUCUUCUCCAGGAUGAAGAGGAACCAUUGAUGAGCACCCUUUGGGUUCGGUCAGUCAGCCAGUUACAAAUCCACUGAGUGGUAGCAUAGUCAAGACCGCAUUUUACCAGCUUCUUUACAAGAAUAUCAUGGGGCACCUUGUCAAAUGCCUUGCUGAAAUCAAGGUAGGCUACAUCCACUGCGUUCCCUUCAUCUACCAGGCUUGUAAUUCUGUCAAAAAACGAGAUCAGGUUAGUCUGACAUGACUUAUUUUUCAGAAAUCCAUGCUGACUAUUGGUGAUCACAGAAUUCCUUUCUAGGUGCUCACAGACUGUUUGCUUAAUGAUCGGCUCCAGAAUCUUCCCUGGUAUUGAUGUCAGACUGACUGGGCGGUAAUUAUUUGGGUCCUCUCUUUUCCCCUUUUUGAAAAUAGGGACAACAUUUGCCCUCCUCCAGUCUGCCGGGACUUCGCCUGUUCUCCAGGAAUUCUCAAAGAUGACUGCCAGUGGUUCUGAGAUCACAUCUGCCAGUUCUUUUAAUACUCUUGGAUGCAGUUCAUCUGGCCCUAGAGACUUGGAUACAUCUAAACUAGCCAAGUAUUCUUGUACUAUCUCCUUAGUUAUUCUGGGCUGUGUUUCCUCUGCUGAAUCAUUUGCUUCAAAUUCUUCAGGUCGGGCAUUGUUUUCUUUAUCGGCGAAGACUGAGGCAAAGAAGGCAUUGAGGAGUUCAGCCCUUUCUGUGUCCCCUGUUUGCAUUUCACCAUCUUCUCCUCUGAGUGACCCCACUGUUUCUUUGUUCUUCCUUUUGCUACUGAACAUACCCAUAAAAGCCUUUUUGUUGCUUUUAACCUCUCUAGCAAGCCUGAGUUCAUUCUGUGCUUUAGCUUUUCUGACUUUGUGUCUACACGUGCUGGCUAUUUGUUUGAAUUCCUCUUUGGUGGUUUCCCCCUUUUCCAUUUUUGUACACAUCCUUUUUAAUCUUAACUCAGUUAAAAGUUCUUUAGAUAGCCACCCUGGCUUCUUUAGGAACCUUCCAUGUUUCCAUCUCAUUGGUAUUGCCUGACGUUGUGCUUUUAGUAUCUCCCCUUAACAAACUCCCAGCCAUCAUGAACUCCCUUUCCUUUUAGUAUUACUGUCCAUGGGAUCUCACCCAGCACUUCCCUAAGUUUUAUGAAGUCGGCUUUCUUAAAGUCAAGAAAUUGAGUCCUAGUAUGCUUGGCUGCUCCUUUCCGCUGUAUAGUAAACUUCAGAAGAGCAUGAUCACUCGCGCCUAAUGAUCCUUCCACUUCUACCCCACUAACCAGGUCAUCCACAUUGGUUAGGACCAGAUCUAAAAUGGCUGUUCCUCUUGUUGCUUCUCCCACUUUCUGGACAAUGAAGUUGUCUGCAAGGCCAGUGAGGAAUCUGUUUGACCUUAUGCUCUUGGCUGAGUUUGACAUCCAACAAAUGUCCGGGUAAUUGAAGUCCCCAUUACUACUAUCUCCUUCUUUUUGCAUGCUUGGCCAUCUGUUCCAGGAAGGCAUCAUCUAUGUCCUCCGUUUGGCUUGGGGAUCUAUAGUAAACUCCCACAAUGAGGUCACUGUUAUUUUUCUCUCCCUUAAUUUUGACCCAAAUGCUCUCACUUUGGCUUUGAGGUUCUAAAUCUUGGAUCUCUUCACAGGUAUACACAUCCCUGACAUGUAACGCCACUCCUCCUCCUUUCUUGUCUGGUCUGUUUCUCUGAAAUAGAUUGUAUCCCUCCAUUAUUACAUUCCAAUCGUGGGACUUAUCCCACCAGGUUUCAGUGAUGCCUAAACAGGGCUGCCUUUAGAUGCCUUCUAAAAGUUUGGUGGUUAUUUUUGUCUUUGACAUCUGGUGGGAGGGCGUUCCACAGGGCAGGCGCCACUACCGAGAAGGCCCUCUGCCUGGUUCCCUGGAACUUGGCUUCUCGCAGUGAGGGAACCGCCAGAAGGCCCUCGGCGCUGGACCUCAGUGUCCGGGCAGAACGAUGGAGGUGGAGAUGCUCCUUCAGGUAUACUGGACCGAGGCUGUUUAGGGCUUUAAAGGUCAGCACCAACACUUUGAAUUGUGCUUGGAAACGUACUGGGAGCCAAUGUAGGUCUUUCAAGACCGGUGUUAUAUGGUCUCGGCAGCCGCUCCCAGUCACCAGUCUAUUUGCCACAUUCUGGAUUAAUUGUGGUUUCCGGGUGACCUUCAAAGGUAGCCCCACAUAGAGCGCAUUGCAGUAGUCCAAGCGAGAGAUAACCAGAGCAUUCAGCACUCUGGUGAGACAGUCCACGGGCAGGUAAGGUCUCAGCCUGCGUACCAGAUGGAGCUGAUAAACAGCUGCCCUGGACACAGAAUUGACCUGUGCCUCCAUGGACAGCUGGGAGUCCAGAAUGACUCCCAGGCUGCGCACCUGUUCCUUCAGGGAGCGUGUUGGAGCGUGUCAGAAGGUAUACACAUAUACCAAUCAGGGUUCCUCCUUGCACUGAGAAGCUCUAUGUGCAUUCACCUUUACAUGCUCAGAACCCCUUCUGAUGUGCUCCAAAUGCAUGGAAGGUUUAUGGUCACCAAAUGUGGCAGGGAGACUAGUCCAUAUGGCUCUGACCCCUCCCACACAUUGUUUCAGUGCAAGGGGUUGUCAUUUGAACCUAACAUUGAUUAUUGUCAUCAACACAACUCCUAUUCAGUUCAGGUUAUAAGAUUUGUUGCAUUGUUUUGGUUGCUUUGGAUACUUUUUCUUGCUUUACAGCUCUAAAAGAGCAAUAUUAGGAAAGUGUCUGUGAAUUGCAACAAAUCCUUCUCCCACAGUUGCAUGCUCCCCCUCUCCUGCACUGGAAUGUAUAGCUCCAGUGGUUUUCCUAUGGGGUGAGGAGACAACAGUAUUGAUGAACCAAUUUUUGACUACCCUCCCCAUGUGAAAGGGAAAUAGUAAAAUGUAGUUUUACUAAAAUCUAAAAUGAUAGAAAACCACAAAAGGAGAAAGAUUUAAAGAGCUGCUUAGUUUGAAAAGGCUCGUCAGUUCAGCACUACGAUCCUCAGUAUGCGACCACUGAUAGGUAGUAGAUAAAUUAUUGAGAGUAAUAGUCAUGUUUAACAGAUGUAGUAUGAAGUAAUGUGGGAAUUAUGUUGUUAUUACAGAAAGCACAAAAACUAGCAUGCAGGGAUUGUUCUUUGUUAAUCUUAAGGAUUUUGAGGGUUUUAUCUGUAAAUGCUGCUGCAUAAGAAUAUUUCUUUUAACUACAGUAUAAUGAUUCUUGAGCAACAUUAGGCUGAAAAGCCUAAGCAUAUUCACUUAAAAAGUAAAUGCCAUUGAAUCUCUCGAGCAGUUUUGAAUAAACAUGGUUAAGCUCGGAAUGUAAAUCAUGCUUUAUUCAUGUCAUAUAUAUGGUAUCUUAGUUUGCUGGUAUUUAACUAUAAGGACCCUUCCCACACUGUCAAAAGCCUUUUCUAAAACCACUUUACUAGCAUGAUGAAUGUUUGGUGAUACCAUACACUAUUUGAUAUUUAUCUAUAAAGUAUAUAUUCUACUUGUUCUUGAUUUGUCAGGGACUCAGGACAGAGCCAUGUUAUAUCUACAAAUGCACAUUCAUAAUCUUGCAUUUCUUGAUGUGACACAAGCAGGUGGAGGCAGGGGACUUUGGUAGAGGAGAUCAAUAGAUGCUAGUGAUGUUCUUAAUCUUUCCACACCUAGCAAUUCUCCUCUACAAAUGCCCCCUCCAUCUCAGUCCCCUAUCUGGAGAGAAAUUGGUUAAGACACCUUGGGUGGGCAAUUUUCAAGGGAGAAUCAUCGGUCGGAGGAAAAAUUAAGCAUCCCCUCUACCCAUCAGUUAUUCUUUGGGAAUGACCACCUAUCAGAAAUUCUGUAAUAGUGGAUUUCUUGUAUCAAUAAGGGGCUGGAAUAGAUUAUCUUUGAAGUCCCUCCCAACUGUAUGAUUCUGUGACUGUAAAAUGUUCCCCAGCUCUGCAUUGCCAUUACAUUAUAUAACGUGCAAUACCAGCAACACAGUGGUUAAAUAUUAUCACUUUGCUCUUCUACUAACAUAACUUUCCCAGUUCGAGUUGUCCUUCAAAUAAUUGUGUUUCCUCAAUUACAGAUUCUUCAGGUUUAUUCAAAUAUUGAACCAACAUGCAUUUACCAAGUUUGCUUUAAUUUAAUUUUGAGAAAUGUAUUACAAUUUCUUUCUCCAAACUUGUGUUCAGUGUGUUGUACCAUCUUGUGACAUGGAAUGCUAGAAUAAAUUAGAUUUUAAGGAGUUUUGCUGUUGCUUCAGAAGAAACAAGGAAUACUGUAUUCCGCUUUGUCUUAAAUUUCCAGUUAAUUGACUUCGCAUUACAGCUUAUCUAAAGUGCUAGAAAAGCAGAGUGUCUUUUCUUUAACUAUAUCUUAUACUUUGCUCAGAUCGUUCAGUUAGGGACAAAAAUGGAAUGUAUUGCUAAAACAACAAUGAAUGCUAACAUUUUAAAUACUGCUAUUAGACAACCAUCAGUUAUUGCCGUAAUCUUAUUUUGCAGAACACAAAAUGUAUUUCCAUAAACCUGUUGAUUUCAGUGAACUUCAGCCAGUUUAGUUUGUGCUGGAUGGUGCACAUUUAGGUAUCAGUGGCAGAACAGAAUGGGAGCUGCUGUGGUCACAGAGGUUACUCUCCUGCUGCCUUGGAAAGUUUAUAGAUAUAAUCAGGAUUUUCAGGCUGUGCAUCUGCCAGAACAGUAGUGGCUAUUGCUGCAGCUUUGAUGCAGGAGAUGGUAUCAGCUUCCAAUAACGUGGGCCCCUUGUGCUAAUGCCCAGAAUACAGUGUGGAAUUAUAUGCUCUACAAGCUGUACAGCCUCUGAAGGGGGUCCCAGCCCUAUAACAUAGUUGACCUUAUCAGUAAUAUUAUGAUACAUUUUCUUGAAAACAAACAGGGCCAUCUCUAAAGAACUUUUGGUGUCAUUUUUAUUCACUUAAUGGAGUGCUCCCAUUUACUUUCCCCCAUCUAAACCCAUCAUCUCCACAUGCUGCCUGUCUCUGUUUUCAAGGUCCUCUGCUUUCUCCAAUAAAGCUCUGACCUAUGUCAAUAGCUUCAGUUCCAAAUAAAAUGUGCAUGUUUUGAGUCAUCUUGCAGAUCAGAUUUUCCCAACUUUUCAAAUUGGAUUUGAGAAGACAAUCAAAUAUGCCUUCCCCCGCUGCUGCCACUGUGGUCUUCAGUGAUUUCAAGUUCUAUGCAGUUGUUUCAAACCCUGAAGUAAGCCCUGCUCCUCUCUAAGAUGGUGGGAUCCAAUUUGCCUUUGUAGGUCUCUUUGUUCCCUGCCGUUUUCACAUGGUAGUGAGAUAGUGUUACUAUUUCUCACAAAUCCAGAAGAGACAGAUCUCACAUCCAAAAUCCCAGGGACAUGUGAGGAUCCUAGAGGUUACAUGUUUCAUGCCACUCCAAUUUCUGAGCAGUGCGAGAUUCCAAGGGUCUCAGGGUUGGAUCAAGGCACAGCAGAGACUGUAGUGUCUUUAUGAUAUAUGGAGGGGUUCACAGCAUAAACACCCCAAAAGGGUUUUGUUUCUCCCAUAGGCACAGCCUUGGAUUCAAACAGAAAUCAAACAUUGCUCUCAAACAUUGCUCUGACUCUCUCUGUGCCUUGCUGCUUUACUUCUAGGUCACAUCUCCGCAACUCUCUGUUCUCAACUUUGGCUUUUUUCUGUUGAAGGAAGGGGGGCUACCCAUUUGCAGACUUGCACCAAGCCCCUUUCACCUCCUUAAUGGCUCUCACCCAGGCUACCACCUCCCCAGGAGGCUAGUCUGGCUAUUCCAAGAAUUAGAAGGCUUGGUUCAAUUCUGACACUUGCUGAAUCCAGGGAUUAGAGAGGUCUGGCACCCAGCUUAACACCCCAAACUCAUAACAAUAUUAAGGCAAAUGGAGCUGUGUUGGCUGUAUUUGGGAAAUACCUUUAUGAGGCCAACCAAAAAUAUUAUUAUUAUUAGUAGUAGUACCCUGCCCUCCCCGGCCGGAGCCGGGCUCAGAGUGGCUAACAUAUAAAUAAUACAGUAUACAUAAAAGCAGGCAUCAAUUAAUUAAAAUACAUCUUAAAAUUAAUUCAGACAAAUAAAAAUCUGGACAAAUGGCAGUUACCAGGUUAAGACUGAGAGCAGUUAAUACUUGCCAGGACCAACUGUUUUCACUGAUCAUAUAAGGACCUGUGAACAGGCCGGGAGGCCUCCUUCAUGCUUGUUCUUAUACAAAGGAAAAUAGGUCAGACAGCACCCUGGCCAAAACAGUGUGCAAGCAGGGAUUACUGGAUAGUUAAGACACAACUGGCCAACAACUGGCAGUUGCACAAGGUAGUGUGUGUGUGUGUGUGUGUGUGUGUUCCACAAUCACUUCUGCUUUAAGUGGUUUUGCAGGAAUUCACAAUGCUUCAAGCUAUACUAUACUAUGUAAGGUGAAAAAUUAAUGGAGACACUGAGAAAGUUUCAGGGAGUAAGUUCCUAACCCCAGAUUGAGUAUGGUUUCUAAAGAGGGAGAUUUGGCAACGGGGGAGGGGGGAUGUUCAUUGUCUUUUACUUUAAAUAGAAUCAGUCCUGGAAGGAAGACAACGUCAGCUAGCUGUGUGUCUUUUGCUAUUUCUGUUCCAUAUGUGAUUUGCAAUGUAAAUAAGACUAAGUGGCCACCAUUGAAAGACUAAACAAUAUUUUCUCUAAACUGCAUGGAGCAGAGAAAACUCAUUCAAGUGCUGAAAUCAGAGAAGACCAAAUUUGUUCUGCAGUACUUCAUGGUGCUCACACUUUGAACUGGAUUUUGCUGUUAUUCGGUGAACAACCCCUCCGUUGGCUCAGGAAAAUUUAAUUUUCAAGAAAAGUACACACAGAUUAUGGAAUCAUAACUUCAGUGACCCUCUGCUUUGCUCUGAGGACAUUAUUGAACUCAAUUGAUACAAUAAUAAAAGACAGAUUGGUCCUUAGAAAGCAUCCUUUUCUGAUAUUCUGAAGUCUGGUAAUCCUAUAAGAGGCAAAAGCAGAGUCAUUGUCAUUGUCCUGAUAUAAUAUUAUUUCACAAAGAGACUUUUCCUUUUUAUAAAAUGUUAGGCACAAGCCACUGGGACCCCAGUUUAUUUGGAAGCAGGCUCCAUAGUAUCUACAACUGCAAUGACUUACCGUACUUCUAAACAGAUGUUCUUGGGAUCACAACCUUGUAGCUGCUCAGUCUUCCCUGAGCUUCAGCUACCAUGAUGCCAGCGCUUUUUUUCUGGCAGUACUCAACGGUAUGCAGUACCAGCACCUCCCCACUGCCCCCCAAAUCUUGCGAUGCCCCUCGUGGUCCCUUCCAACUCUACGAUUCUGCUAUUCCAUCUAUGGUUUGAAAAAGCAGCACUGUUGUGGCCAUUCUGUUAGGGGUGUGUGGCUUUUCUCAUAUCAUGUAAUCAUUUACGUGGGUGGAUGGAGGGUGGGCAGCACAGAGAGAGGAGGAGUUGGCAAGUAUGUGAUGUGGCACGCCAACCUUUCUUCUCUCUCUCCCACUCUGCGUUGUUGUACCCCUAACCUGCCACCCAGUGCAUGAGAUCCUCUUUGUCCCUCCUUGAAUUGGGCAUGGGUCCUUUUACUUUCCAAGAUAUUAUUAUUAUCCCACUUUUUCUCCAGACAGGGACUCAAGGUGGCUUACAACAAAUGAAAACGACACAGAUAAAAUAAAGACGCUGAAAACAUAAAAAAGAUAAUAAUUAAAAAGUAAUUAAACUCAAAUAGUGUUAAAACUAUUGCUUACUCCUUUCUUCUUACCUUUCAUUACCUUUUUGUUCCAUUAUUAUUUCCUUUAACAUUCUUAUCUCUUUGUUCUUUUUCUUUAUCUUUUUCUUCUUUUGUUUUUGCUCUGUUCCGAUCAUUUGCACUAUUUGUGGUCCUCUACUCAAGGUAAACGGCGUUUCCGUGCGCUGCUCUGGUUCGCCAGAAGCAGCUAAGUCAUGCUGGCCACAUGACCCGGAAGCUGUAUGCCGGCUCCCUCGGCCAAUAAAGCGAGAUGAGCACCGCAACCUCAGAGUCAGUCAUGAUUGGACCUAAUGGUCGGGGGUCCCUUUACUUUUUUUACUCAGGGUUAAGGAAGGGUUAACAUGCAGAUGAAGGUGAUGGAUAGUUGAUUAAGGGCCCUGUGUGAGAGAAGAAAGGGAAGCUCCCAGGUAAGAGUUGAAGGGUUCGCCUUUCUCUGUGUUGGUUAAGUUAAGAUAUAGCUGUGAAAGAGGACUUUCUUCUUUGCUUUUGUUUCCAUUUAGAUUAGAUUUUUUUUUAUUAUAAUGUAUUAAUUAAAUCUUAUAAAUGAAAAAACCCAACUGGAAAAACAAAUCUAUUAAAAUGCAGAUGACAAAAACAAUAAAAACAGCACAGUACUAUAAAAGCCCUUUCCUGAAAAGAACAGCCAGUUCCUGAAGGCCUGUUGGAAUAGGACAGGACGGGGGUGGGGGGGACCAGUCUAGCUUCUCUAGGAAGGGAAUUUCAAAGUCUGGGAGCAGCCACUGAGAACAUUUCAGGAAUCUCUUGUGAUAUCUUUAAGGGAGAAGUGCAUCUCCAUAUUCUGCCAUAAAUUAAGUACCUAGAUGGCCCAAGUGUAAAGGAUCUGAAUUGCCUCAGCAAAGCCAUUGUAUAACUAUGCUAGAGUACAUACAGUAUGUGACCAACUGGUGGUAUUCAGUUCAGUGACCCCAAUGGUAGUUGGGCAUGUAGAAUGGGGCUGAGGUGAGUCUCUAGGCAACAGUAAAGAAAUGGUAUCUGCUCAGCAUCCAAUUACCAAUGACGCUUCAGAGGACACUUCAAAAACCAGUGGUAGGGGAGAAAAGGCUGGCCCUCUGCUGUUACCUGCCACUGAGCAAAUCUCCACAGUGUAGUAAUUAGAGAUGUCAUCCUUCUGACCUCUAAUACACACCUGUUGCUCUCUGAUGGGGCUCUAUUAUCAAAUUUAGCUGUCAUGGACUUCCAGUAGCUCAAGUCCUAGUGGGGCAUCUGAAAGCAUGUCACAACCACCACUGGCACUCUGACUCAAACUCCCAUUUGGUGGCCCCCUCCGUUUUUUGUUUUUUACUUACAGAAUGUCAGAGCAGCUUUUCUGCGAUCACAAGAUGACCAGUUCAAGAGAACUGGCCCCUGUACAAGAGAAUUCUGAAGUGAACUGGUGAUAUUUAAUGGAAAUCCUCGCUUGCCUAGCCAACGUCCUUCUCAAAUAAUUCUGGUCGUUUCUUUUUUCUCUCUCCCUUUUUCCCCUUUCUGUCCAAAGAAGGUAGUUAUGCUGAGAUAAAUUCUUUGGUUCACAAGGAAACGGAAUUAUAAUAUGUUCUUCAGCUACUUAGCCUCUUUGAAGUCAUUCACAGCUUACUAUGUUUCUCUGUGGAACUUUGAACUCUCCACCCACAAUACAUAACAAGACUUAUUUAUUUACUUAUUGCAUUUCCUUUGCUAUUGGUUACACAAUUGUUUCUUUCCAGAUGAAAGAGAAAUAAGCUGAGAACCUCUGUUCUCGCUAGAGGUCAUUUACAGGCCCAGGCACAGUGAGCCCGCAAACGUUGGGGUUGAACCAUGGGAAGAAGUAAUAAAGACGGGUCAAGCCACUUGGGAUCAAAUAGGCCACAACUUCAUUGCUUACAGAUGUCAGAAGGUCUUGGCUUAGGCAUUGGGUGUGUAUCCUGAAUUAACCAACCCGACUUGCUGACUAAUAAUAAUAAUAAUAAUAAUAAUUUAUUAUUUAUACCCCACCCAUCUGACUGAGCUUCCCCAGCCACUCUAGGCGGCUCCCAAUCAAGUGUUAAAAACAGUACAGCAUUAAAUAUUAAAAACUUCCCUGAACAGGGCUGCCUUCAGAUGUCUUUUAAAGAAAGGAUAGCUGCUUAUUUCCUUCACAUCUGAAGGGAGGGUGUUCCACGGGGCGGGCGCCACUACCGAGAAGGCCCUCUGUCUGGUUCCCUGUAGCCUCACUUCUCACAAUGAGGGAACUGCCAGAAGGCCCUCGGCGCUGGAUCUCAGUGUCCGGGUGAACGAUGGGGGUGGAGACGCUCCUUCAGGUAUACAGGACCAAGGCCGUUUAGGGCUUUAAAGAUCAGCACCAAGACUUCGAAUUGUGCUCGGAAACGUACUGGGAGCCAAUGCAGAUCUCUAAGGACCGGUGUUAUGUCAUCAGGGUCAAUCCUGGGUAAAGGAACACUCUAUGAUGCACAUCAAUUCUGGACAGUCCUUCCAGGAUGCUGUUGGGUAGGUGGGGGUCUAUGGCCUAUCCACCCCUGCCUUGGUAUUCAGACAGAGGUACUCCCCCUUUGACCCCUUUACUAGGAUACCAUAAUCCUUGGAGUGGAUCCCGCCUAAAUCCAGCAAUGCACGCUCUCCACAGCUAAGAGAAAGUAGGUAGGCAUUAUUGACCUUGGAUUGCAGUGAGUAAAUGAAGCUGGCUGUUGGAAAAUUCAGGACUGACAAAAGAAAGUACUUCUUCACGCAGUGCAAACUAUGGAAUUCACUUCCAUGUGAGGUAGUGAUGGCCACCAACUUGGAUAGCUUUAAAAGAGAAUUAGAUACAUUCAUGGAGGGAUUAGGCUACCAGCUGCAAUGAGUAUGUUCUAUAUCUGCUGUCAGAGGCAGAAUGCUUCCAAAUUCUACUUGGGAACCAUAGGAGGGGAGAGUGCUAUUGCACUCACAUCCUGCUUGCAGGCUUCCCACAGAUAUCUGGUUGGCCACUGUGAAAAGAGGAUGUUGGACUAGCUGGGCCUUUGGCCUGCUCCAGCAGGACUUUUUCAAUCUCAUUCAGUGCAUUGUCCACAGAAAGCAUGACUGGGCUUCUUUCAGGCACCAGCAUUAUGUAAAUCGAACUUCAGAGUGUUGUUUUAUAUUUUAAAAUGUUGUAAACUAGCUGAGCCCCCCGUGGGAGGAAAUGGUAGAGUAGGGGCUGAGCUAGAAAAUUUAAUAAAUACAAAUCCCGCAUGUGCAGCCGUGUUAAGGCUGUGGUCUUGCACCCACUGUCUCGGAAAUUAUCGUGGACAUGAAACCUCAGUCCUGCACAGAGCCAAAGCUCUAUGUCAAUUUCUCACUGAAGUCCAGCUCAUCUUGCUUGGUUAGAGUUUGAACAAUACCAAGAGGUGGUGGGAGCGAUCACUCCCCUUCAAAACCUGGAGAGCGAGCACCUAGUCCUGUUUCCCCAUGUUUAGUAUGUCCAUAAAUUAUGUUUCAAAACACACAUUCUCACAUGGGGCCAUCACAUCUACAUUCUGUUCAUCCCACCACAUUCUAGGAAGAUGUCUAUACAGUGGUACCUCAGGUUAAGUACUUAAUUCGUUCCAGAGGUCCGUUCUUAACCUGAAACUGUUCUUAACCUGAAGCACCACUUUAGCUAAUGGGGCCUCCUGCUGCCGCCGCUGCCAGAGCACGAUUUCUGUUCUCAUCCUGAAGCAAAGUUCUUAACCCGAGGUACUAUUUCUGGGUUAGCAGAGUCUGUAACCUGAAGCGUAUGUAACCUGAGGUACUACUGUAUAGACAUCUGCCAUUACCAACCUGAUGCCAUCCAGAUGUUUUGGCAAUGGGAGUUGCAAGCCCAAACAACUGUGGAAUCAGUUGGUGAAAGCUGCCCUACAUACAUCAACCACUUUAACCUCAAUAAAGGACCCAAAGAAAAUGUGAAGCCUUAUGACCAACCUCAAAUCCUGUGCAGGGGUGACUAGUGUACUCAAAUAUUGGUGGUGCUAUAAACCAAAACCACCCAAGUCACAUCACUGGUGGGUCAGGAGAUGGGACAUUGCAGAGCUUGGCAGCUGUUGGAUCUGAGCUGUGGGCAGCAGUCUGAGGCGAGCUGGGAACAAAUCAACAGGACUCGUUGGACUCGCCAGUGGUCAGGAAGACCAAGAAGCAAAUCAGGAGGACCGAAGGACAAGCCAGGAGGCGGGACUGCAUCACAGCUGCAUGCUGACUCCUCAGGACAAGUUGAUUGAGGAGCUUUCUGUGUUGGUAGCUAAAAGCUAUCUGCCACAUGCACUCAGACUUUCACAAAUUCUGUUUAAUGGAAGACUGUAUAUAAAAGAACCUGAAGCCUUGCUUUCUAAGAGGCACUGUUGUCUCGGUAGUGCAAUGCAAUCUUUAAUCUGAAAGUCAAGGACAUAAUCCUAUCACAGAAGCCGUGCUAGAGGCACCCAAUGGCAGCGUGUGCAGACUGAGCUAGCUGAAAUAUGAGUUGGAUUCUAUCCUAAGCAUAUUUCAGCAGACAGUCAAAGCUGUCUCCUUCUCAGCUUGCCCACCCCUAGUUAAUCAAGGGGAAAGCUGCAGAGACAUUUACAAGUUUCCCAUCUGUUAGCUCACCACACUCAGCCUUUUUCUUGCCCUCCCCCAAUCCACUUGGCCUUUGAGAUUUUUGGAUGGGAGAAUAGCUCUGUUUCCCCAGGUCCUUUUCUUGGUCCAGUUUGUUGGAAAAGAAUGAGUGGACAGGCAAAAAAUGGCUUUCCCCGGAAAAGUGCCUAGUACAGGAGACCAAUUCUCACAGGCUGGGCUUGGGUGUGUUUUAUUUAUGAGGAAUCCCUUGCCUGUUAGCCCUUGCCUUUGCUCAUGAAUCAAUCCAAUAUCUGAAAGGGAGAGGAUGCUUUCAUUGACGGCUUGGAAGGCAAUGGCCUUAUUAAACACCACUUUUCUAGGUCCUGCUGAACAACUGUUUUCUUUGAUCAAAAUGAUAAAUGAACCCCAGAGAGAGCUGCUGAGAAAAGCUUAUUCAGCAAAGCAAAGGCUCCCAAGUUAGGAGCUUUUGCAUCAGUCUGGAUCCUCCUGUUCCCUUGUGAGAAGGAAAUGCUAAACCAGGGGUAGCUAGGUAGGUUCAUAGAGGUCCACACAAUAUUGUGAUAUCAACCUGGCCAAGGGGAUGGAUUAUAGCAGGGCUGGGGGCAAAGCCCAUAGAAGGCAAUUUAUUCAUCCUGGGAAGAAAUGCUAAUAUUUAACCUGGCCACCUUACCAGCCACACAUGAUAGGGGGCCACCACAGAUCAACUGAACACAUCCUUGAUGGCAGCUGUGGCACAUGCAUGUCAUAAGCAGAAGUACGUGAAUAGCAGAAAGCUCAGGCAGGAUACCGAAUGAUCAUUCUUAUUAAAAAGCUGAUGGACCUGGACCUUUACUCUACCAUCUGUGAUUGAAUUAAAAACUUUCUGAAGGAUCACACACAAAUAGUGAGGAUUGGGCUGUCCCCUGAGUUCGCUAGAUGACAUCAUGGGAGUGAGGAAAAUUCUUAGGGAUGACUCACACCCUGGCCAGCACCUCUUUAAACUCCUACCUUCGGGCAGGAGAUACAGAAGUACAGUCAGCCGCACCAACAAGUUAAAGAACAGUUUUUAUCUGUGGGCUAUUGGGCUGCUGAAUGGAAAAAAAAUAGUGGUGCAAUUGACUUCCAACAAGCACACAGAGUACGAACAAGACUGAGUGUAUGGGGGGGGGUCGCUUAAUUUCACUGCACACAGGUGGUGUAGUGACAAUAAAGGUUUAUUAUUAUUAUUAUUAUUAGUCGGUCAAGCUGAAUAUUGUCCAUGCUGAUUGGCUGUGACUCUGGAAAGGCCAGACAUAGAGCCUGGCUGGGACCUUUCACAUACAAAGCCGUUUCUCUACCACUCAGCUACGGCACGUCCCCAUCACUAUGAGUCACACUUAUAAACAACAUUUUAAGAGAUUUAGAAGAAGUCCUAGGGCUACAGUCCAAACCCCUUUGCACCAGCCUAGGGAGGGAUAGGAGCCUUGCCAGACUCCAGUGUCCUCCACCAGAGGACUUUCCUGUUUCACCUGCCAAGCUUGCAUGCAGGGAGUGCUGAGCCAACUCAGGAUCUGCUGGGACCUGAGCCAGCCCAGCCGCCAUCACAUAACAGCAUCGAACUCCAGGCUGGCCUGCCUGCCUGGGGUGAGCGGCAGAGCUCUGGAUGUGGCAGUGGCCCUGCUGUUCUGUUAAGCCCUGCUGCUGCUGCUGCUGCUGCUUCUGCUUGGGGUUUGGACUGCAGCUGACAUUUUACAGAUGGGGAAGACUGAGUCUAAUUCCAAAGAUGAUAAUUAAAUCCAUUGCAGAGAAAAGACACACAGCAGAUAAGAAAAAGGACAAACUACAGAUCAGUUCGUGCAAAUGAGGGCUGUGUACGCCGCUCCAUACACUGAAAGCACAUUUCCCACAGAAAAAAUCCUAAGAACUGUGGUUUGUUAUGGGUGCUAGGAAUUGAACAGUAAACCACAGUUCCCAGGAUUCUUUGGUGGGAGGCAGUGCUUUUUUUCUAGAAAAAAUAGGUGCCAGUACUCACCUUGAAGUUGUUACAGUGAGUGCCACACUUUUUAACAACAAAAGAGGUGCCAGCGCUGCGUACCUUUGAGUACCUCCUGAAAAAAGCACUGGUGCGAGGUGCUUUAAAUGUAUGGUAUGUAUAAAGCCUAAGUACCCUAUUUUUCCAUGUAUAAGACUAGGUUUUUUCCCUACAAAAUAAUGUCAAAAAUUAGGGGUUGACUUAUACUCUGGGCCAUUUCCCCCCCAUUUUCUUAACUCUGAAUCCCCCAAAAUAGGAGGCGUCUUAUACAUGGGGGCAUCUUAUAGAUGGAAAAAUACGUUAUAUGGUCAAGGAAUUAAGAUCACAGAAGACAUUCUUGAAAAUGUUUACUAGUCCCAAGGACAAUUAAGUGACUCUACUGCCGUGGCACAGAAUUCAAAUGCAAACAGCCAAGGUACAUAGAAGCUCCUCACAUCCAAUGUACUCCAGAAAGUCUGUAUCACACCCACUUCACACGUUCCACAUCACACAACCCAGAAAUCCUGCACCAUACAGUAAUAAUAAAUAAUAUCGUAAGGAAGCAGUUUUAAUAUGAAUAAUACAAAUUGCAAUGAAAUAGGUAUGUACUUCUAAAAUAUUUGAUGCGGUUAUUUUUCUCCAUGUAACCAGAAAUAUAGGUGCGUACCUUUGAGUACCUCCUGAAAAAAGCACUGGUGCGAGGUGCUUUCACAUGUGAUUAGGGUGGAAGUCCUCUUUUUCACCUAACCACCCUACAUGUGGAUGGAAAUAAAGAUGCUCUCAGCAGUGGGGGCCUUUGUGAUUACUAUAAUAGAAUUAAUAUGGCAUUUUAGUUUGGACACAGACAUGUGAUUUUGUAUGUCACUAAAGAUGCUUCAGGGGAAAUAUCCAACUGUUCUCUCUUUCUCUGAUCAUUCUGUAUGCAUUUACUUACAAGUCAGUCUUAAAGAAACUUACAAUAAAUGCAGUCUUUUGCACACUGAGGUCAUAAUCCAACCUCCCUUAGUGCCAGGCGGGCAUGGAAGGUAAGAUGGGAUGGAGGUGCAUUUUAUGCCAGCAUGUGCUUGUGGAGUGAUGGCAGCAUCACUCCGCCAGCAAAGAGCUUCCCCUCCUCCCUGCUGGGUCCCCACUGGUUGUAGCCAGCAGAAAUCCUUGAAACUGGUCCAUCCAGGCCUGAUCGCUGCACCAGCUCCAUUGAUAAAAGUGGUAUUAAGAACAAUGUUGCAGCUCUGCUUUCACACAGAUCACUUGCUAUACAACACAGGACUCCCACGCUAAAGAAAUAUAUACUUAGGAUCAAACAAUAAUCUUCCACUUAGCUAUGCAUGUGUGUGUGAGAGAGAAAAUGAGAACGCAAACUUCUCUGCACCUUCAGCUGAAUGCGACACACACUUUUGCAAAGUUGUAAGCAGCAGGGAAGCUACUAGGUCCUUAACCCUGCUGUUUAAUGGUGGGGAACAUUACAAACAAACAUAUCAGGAUAAAGGGAAACAAAGCAAAAAACUGAAAGACACUUCUGUUUUUAAGGAUUAAAACAUCACACCCACAUAUAGAGGCCACAGCUAAUUACAAACCAAAGACCUGGUGAAAAAGAAAUGUUUUUGCCUGGCGCCUAAGGAUCGCACCAGGCAAGCCUUCUUGGGGAGAGCAUUCCACAAGUGGGGAGCCACCACCAAAAAGGCCCAUUCUUGCAUUGUCACCCUCUGGAAUUCCCAUGGAGGGGACACACAAAGAAGGGCCUCAGUUGAUGAUCACAGGAUCUGGGUUGGGUCAUCUGGGGAGUGGCAAGCCUUGAGGUACUGAAGUCCUGAGCCACAUUAGGCUUUAUAGGUCAAAAAUAGCACUUUGAAUCGGGCUCUGAAACUAAUUGGUAGCCAGUGCAGUUAGGCUGGGCUUGGUGUUAUGUGCUCAGACCAUGUUACCCCAGUGAGCAACCUGGCAGCUGAAUUCUGCACCAGCUGCAGUUUCUGAACUGUCUUCAAAAGCAGCCCAGUGUAAAAUGCAUUGCAGUAAUCCAGCCUAGAGGUUACCAGAGCACAGACAACAGAAGUUAGGCUAUCCCUGUAUUACGUGUUGGAGCUCUCUACUCAUCUUCUGGGAACUAUGGAUCCCAGGUUUCCUUAUGAGGAGGGAAUGGCUAUUAAAUCAGAUUAAUGUCUGCCCUAAAAAUUACCAUGUGAAACACUCUUUUGCCAGAAUAAGUCAUUAGCCUAUGUACCUAAUGAAGAUGUGGGGGUGCAGUUUUGGCGCUGGGAAGUUGGACCAUGCCAUUUUUCAAUAACAGCAUCUGCUGGUACAAAGGGACUGUCUGGCAAAUCCUUUCCUAGAUAAUGAGUUAUUAGAGUAAUUUUUCUUUCAAGUGCUCCUGAUAGCCAGGGCUGAUGCAGUAUCUGUAUCUUCAAAAAGCAAGCAUGCAAAGGGUCACAGAUGUAGCUGAAUCUAAAUUUGUUUUCAAACACAAAUGUUUGCAGGAAAUGUUGCCCAUUAUUCUCUCAGCUGUGCUAAUUAGGGAACUGUUCCGACUAUGUGCUGAUGGCAAAGUGUUAAUUAGAGUGUCACCGUUACAGUCUGUUGUAAAUAAAUGCAGGGGAAGGGAUACCAUGGAAGUAUUGCCAGAAUUCAACACAACUGCUCCCCGCUGCUGCUGCUGCCACCAACUGCUGGUUUUGUAGGGCACAUGAUCUCCACCAGACAUGAAAAGGAUUAGACUUAGGCAAGGAAGGCAGAUAAAUUUAAUCUGAGCAUGGGAUGGCCAGAUGCAGAUUCAGACAGUGCCCUUACACCAUUCCAUGUAAAGCAUUUCAGCAGGUGCAGCUUGCAUGAUAAGCAAUACCUGCUGACCGUUCCUCGUCUGCACAAGUAUGCAAUGUGCAAGUUUCAUCCUCUUUUGCAUCUACCCACAAUAGAGCAACAUCUGUUAGCAGAAUAGAAAAGUCAGCAUUCUUGGUUCUUUCUCCAAGCAGAUGUGGAUAACAAGCAUGCAACUGAAUUGAGAUACCUUCACAGGAUGAUUCCUACUCCCCCACUGCUUAAUUGGUACAGACCAGGCAUAGGCAAACUCAGCCCUCCAGAUGUUUUGGGACUACAACUCCCAUCAUCCCUAGCUAACAGGACCAGUGGUCAGGGAAAAUAUAUAGGGACAGUGAGGAAGAGGAGGAGGGGAAGCUCCUUGGCAGAAUGCUGCAAGAAGUGGAAAUGCUUUGCAUAAUCGGUACAAUUAAGAACAAAGCAAACGUUUCCAAGAAGGUAUAUCCAUCCUCUGUUGUAUUGCUGGGAGGGAGGGGACAUCCAAUUGCACCAAAGCAGCACACAAAGUGUAGGCUUGCCAUACGUCAGGAAAAUUCCUGACAUGUCCUGGUUUUCAGAUGUAAAAAUAGCGCCAGGGGGGAAUUUUGCCGAAUCAGCAAAAUGUCCAGGGAAACCCAGAGGCUUUGUAGUUGUCAGGAAUUUUUGUUGUUGUUGUUUAGUUGUUUAGUCAUGUCUGACUCUUCGUGACCCCAUGGACCAGAGCACGCCAGGCACUCCUGUCUUUCACUGCCUCCUGCAGUUUGGUCAAACUCAUGCCGGAAGCUUCGAGAACACUGUCCAACCAUCUCUUCCUCUGUCGUCCCCUUCUCCUUGUGCCCUCCAUCUUUCCCAACAUCAGGGCCUUUUCCAGGGAGUCUUCUGUUCUCAUGAGGUGGCCAAAGUAUUGGAGCCUCAGCUUCAUGAUCUGUCCUUCCAGUGAGCACUCAGGGAUGAUUGCCAUAAGAAUGGAUAGGUUUGAUCUUCUUAGAAUCAUAGAGUUGGAAGAGACCACAAAGGCCAUCGAGUCCAACCCCCUGCCAAGCAGGAAACACCAUCAGAGCACUCCUGACAUAUGGUUGUCAAGCCUCUGCUUAAAGACCUCCAAAGAAGGAGACUCCACCACACUCCUUGGCAGCAAAUUCCACUGUUGAACAGCUCUUACUGUCAGGAAGUUCUUCCUAAUGUUUAGGUGCAGUCCAAGGGACUCUCAAGAGUCUCCUCCAGCACCAUAAUUCAAAAGCAUAAAUUCUUCGGCGAUCAGCCUUAUUUUUUGAAAUAUGGCAACCCUAACAAAGUGCCACUUAGCCAGCAGUGGGGCAAGGCUGAGUGGUUUGGGAUAGCACCCAGGGAUCCUUGCGGGAGCUGGGAAAGAAACACACAACAUGAACCUUGGUGUGCAUGCAGAACAAAAACCAUGGAUCGGUUUCUAAACAAUAUUUAGUACACUGCACACCAUGGCUUAGUGGCCUAUCAACUUUACUUCAGAACUUCCUUGCAGUAGGUAAGUGCAUGAGUUUGGUCUCUGGUCUGCCUUUUGCUGUAUGUUUCUCUUCAAAUGAGGGGGAUAUAAAGGAUAUAAAGGCAGUGUCAAAGAGCGUUUGCUUUAGAUACAGCAUUUCAGUUAUUUGCUCCAAGAGCCCGCAGUCCCGCAUAAAAUCUGCUGGCUAAAUAUAGCCGGCACCCUAUAAAUUAAACACAGUGUUUUCUUUGCACUUACAGAGGGUUUGUCCAGCAGUAUUUUUAUCCAUAGCAGAUAGAAACACCAAGGGAGUUUUAUUUAUUAUUGGAUGUACAUAUAUCACUUCAUUGCCAUUGGUCAGGAACAUUCUUUUAUAAUAGCUUAUGUUUCAUCCCCCUGCAAGCCUCGAGUCCUAGUAAAGACUUUCAUUUGAAAGCUCUCCCUUCUUCUCGCUGCCUUUCUUCUCCUUCAAAGGAAAGGUCUCUUCUCUGUGUUGGCUGCUGUUGCAAACUCCUCAGUAUAUUAAUAAUUCUUUCUAAUUUUCUGAACAGCGAGGACACCGGAAGAACCUCAUUAUUUCUCCUGCGCUGCAUUUGAAGAAGAGCGUUUUUGCAAUAACAGAGUAGGGUGACCAGAUGCAAAAGAGCACAGGGCUCCUGAACUUUUAAUAGUUGUGUAGAAAAGGGACAUUACUUGUCAUAGAAGAUACACCUGUUGAAACUCCCUCUUCUGCACAAUUAGGGAAAAUUGCAGUAGCCCUGACCAUUAUUAUUAUUAUUAUUUGCUUCUGGCCAUCUUAACAGGCAAUGCAGUCUAGUGAUCAGAAAAAAAACACCCCUAAGUUUUACCAUCACUUAUCCAAAGAUUUAAAACCCUUUAACUAGCUUCUGUCAUUUGUUUACACAAUCCUGGGUUAUGUGAGGACAGAAGAGAGCUAAAAAGUGAAGACAGAGCCUCUGGGUCUCUUUCUUUUCUUCUGCCUUACUUACCUGUUCAGUGUGCGGUGAGUUGAGUUGAAAAGGAUUGUCCUUCAUUCCCAAUUUCUUCAGGGUUCCCUAAAUGAACUGAGAAUGAGGCUGCAUCUCCUAAUGGUGUUGCCUAAACAUCCUUCACAAUUGACAUAUCUUCACAGCAUUUGUCUAUUUUUUCCUUCUCAGAACCACUUAUAUGAGUGACCUUCACAAUAUCCGCAGGGAAUGUGUUUUGCAAGUGAAUCAUAUGUGGCAGGAAAAAGCAGCUCUCACUCAUUUUAAAACUACAGCCUUUGAAACCCACCUUUUUUGCCUCCCUCUCUCAUGAGGUGAUUGGUAUAUGCUAUAACUAGGGAUGGCAGAAUCUGCCCAUUUCGGUUUCUCUCCAUUUAUCAUUUUUCCAACCUGAAAGACAGUCCUCCACAUUUCCACAUAGGUGUGCAAACUUUUUGUUCUUAAAAGAAGUCCUCAUAAAAAAUCACCAGCAUUUUUGUGCAAAUUUUUCUGAAUCUAUGCAUUUUUGUUUGCAGUUUUGUACCUAAUGCACACAUUUUUACAAAACAAAUUGUGAUAUAAUUCAAUUUUGCAUGGUAUCUUCGCUAAUAUAUGCGUUUUAUGCACACCACCCUAGUCUAUGGAUUUCUGUGCACAUUACUUGGCAGGAGAACCGUGCUGAAAAAUUUGGAGAAGCGCGACUUUCAAAUGAUAAAUGUGUUUCACGUAUUGUUUCGGAAGUGGGGAAUUAGGAAGCUUCACCUUUAAAUGCAAACUGAAUCAAAUUUCUUCCCUAUCCCUAGCUAUAAUGUAGCAGCUCCCUGAGGUCUCCUAUGCACAGCCCAAUGAACCUAAAGCACAUGUGUGCAAGAAGGUCCCAGGUUCAAUCAUUGAGGUGUCACUCAGGGUAUGGCUGGGAAAGUCUCCUGCAUAAAACCCCAGAGCGCCACUGCCAGUCCAUGUCAACAACACUGAGCAAGAUGGAUCAAUGGUCUGACUCAGAAUAAGGCAGCUUCCUAGGUUGCUCCUUUCUCAAUUGACUGGCAUCCCUAUCAGAAAAGGAAUCCUCCCCCCCCCCCCCACCAUCUGCUCAUCUCCGUUUCUUUUGUUUUCCUCUGAGUUGGUGGAAAUGCCCCUUAAUUCCCCCCUCCCGACAAACACUCACUUCUGGUUUGUAGCAUAGGAACCAGAUUCUGCCAGGUUAUUUUAAGUGUACUUGAUGAAAAAAAAAGUCAACUCUGAACUCUUGUCAUGGCUAUAUUUAGCUGGAACUUCUCUCGCUGGGAUUCAGACUCUAUUUGGAAACUGCGCAGCUUGGUGUACAGCCAAACCAUUUCUUUUUUACACAGACAUCCCUCAGCAUAUGGCAAAGGGUUUUGUCCCUCUCUGUGUUUUAUGAGGAACUGUCAUUGUUGCGCUAACCUGGCCAGCUGAAGAACAAUGCCUUUUACGGUGCAUCUGACAGGGUGGGGAAGCGCAUGGCUCAAUUCUCCUGAGGCACUCUUCAUAGAAACCCAGGAUUCCUCUUUUUUUUAGCCUACCCAGUUACAGGGAUAAAAGGUCAGCACUCCUACUCUCGGAAGAAAACAUUUUAGUCAUUUGGAAUCAGGAUCCUUUAGGCCAGGGCUGGGAAACUCCGGCCAUGUAUCCUGAUUAGGCCCUGUAGGCCAUUUUGGGUGACUCAGCGCCAUCUUUCCCCAUGCCUUGUGUUAUAAACGACGUCAGGCAGGAGGAAGUUCAAGCCGCGCCUGCAAAGGGGGAAUCACCCUAAGUGCGCUCCUGACUCUCACAGCUGCUACAUUCUGAAUCUGGCACCUGUUCCUGUCGCCCUUCAGGGUGAUGGGAAAAAGGCCCCAGGUUCAAAACGUACCAGCUGCAAAGGAAGAGCUCAAGUUAGCGUGCGCUCCCAUUAAUUUUGCAGCCAUACUUUUAAGAAGAGCGUUGCUUUGCAGCCACGGCUUGAAUUCAAGGACUGUUGCUCAGAACAGCUACACAGAGUGGGCCUGAUCCACAUCUGUGACCGCAAGCAACUAAUUGGGGGUGUGCACACGAAUCUGCUUCAAAUGAGAGCUUUCUGUCCAGCCUCCCCUCAUCCAAAUAGAUCAUGGUGUACAUCAGAUUGGGUCCCUAUACACCUGCUGUUUAGCAAUGGGAAAACAAGCACAUACUUUUCCACAGGGGUCCUAAUUUGGCCCACGAGGCCAUUUUCUCUAAACCACGUCCACCUGCCCCACACUGGCUGUCCUAUGUGAUGUAGGCAAAGACACGGCUGCAAACGGUUGGAAGCUUAAAGUGCAUUUCCAGUUGUUGUUUGGCUUUCUGACAUCUCCAAUCAGCUUAUCGCUGUUGACAGCCAGCCACUUUGAGCGUGUAUCCGUUUGCAGGUGCUGUUUAAUGAAGUUAAAUCAUCAAUACUGAAAUUAAAAUGCAAUAAUAUGUCCAUAUGGGAGAUUUUAUUAAUUGUGUUCAUUCGGCACACCCAGCGAACAUCGUUCACGCAGUACUUUUACAGUCUCCACAUGGUGAGCACAUGGGAUCACAGCCUGUAGCUGUGCCAUGUAAGGCUGUAGGAUUAGAAGACCAAGUGUUAUUAUUGUUUAGUCAAUUUAUGAGUUGUUUGGCACAUAAGAAGUUUCCAAGCAACUAACAACAUUAGAAAACAGAAAGCGUGGCAUAAAGGGAGAAAAAGUCUAUUGCGUUACAUAUGAAAGCCUAUUUUAAAAAAUACAAUAGCCUGUAAAACAAAUAGCAGCAAUGUUUUUGUGUAAGAAAUUGGUGACAUAUCGUGCUGCCCCUUUCAUCCUAUGUGAUUUCAAGCAUUAUUCUGCUGGAAAAGGCACUGCCCACAUAAUAGGCUGUCUGGAACCUCAUUAGCUGGCUGCUUAUGCAUCACCAAAAAGGAUGGAAGACAUAAUCUAAAAGAGCAAAAAGUGGGCAGAUUUGCAUAAGAUCUGCAUUUGCUAAUUCACAGAUAGAAUUUCAAUAAUAAUAAAAUAAAUUUCACUCUUAGUGGGGAAGAAUGAGACCAGGUGGCAUUCUGCUGUUCAAUCUGUUGUCCAAAUGUUCACUUACAGUGGGCAACUUCAGGAGUCCUCCUCUCCCACCUUACAUUUUUUUAUCUAGGUCCAGCCAGCCCUUCAAAUAGAGGACUUUCCUCUGAUAGCUCAUCAAACGAAGGAUGGAUUCCUGCAAAGCAGAACAUAUGGCCACCCUAAACUUCAUAGCAUUUCAAUAAGCCAAAUACCUGGCUUGUUUCUACUCAGGGACAAGGCAAACUCAUGUUACAUAACCUUUAAUAAGCAGAAACAGCAACCUCAAUAAAAAACUGAUCACAGGGAUCAGUUCAGAUGCGCCGUGGUGUUUUGCACCUGUGACUCAGCCAUAGUGUUAUACUUGUUACUUGAACCAGAAAAGCCUUCAGUGCUUUGUGCCAAUUACAGCCCCAUUAUGAUUAUACAUUUUAAAAGCCUGGCGAAGGAGUUGGCCAUCAGGCCUGUAGGAAUCCUGCCAAAUCCUGUACAUCCCAAGCAGAUGGAUCUCGUUAAGAGAUGCCAAGCGGCUGAACCCACCUGGCCACCUCCUUCCCUGCAUUUCUUUCUCCAGCCAGCGCAAUAUGGCCUCAGCAGCAACCCGGAGAAGCAAAGCUGGCUUACAAAGAAAGUGAACCGCACACCUUUUUCCUUUCUAUCCUUAUAAGCUCAGAGGGGGAUGAGAGUAAGCGCCAUGUUCUUGCCUAGAUUGAAUUCUCAUCCAGUGAGUCAGGCAAAUUAAUGAACAAUCGGAUUGACAUGACCUGCUACAACAUACCUCAAUACGGUUCAGUCUGUGCUAUCAUUGGCUCAUUUAGCUUCACAAAUCAUCUGGCUUCAUGUGGGCAAUUUGGCUGCAUUAAAAGCAGGCAGGCUUUCUGCUGGAAUGAGAUGGAUUUUGCUAACUGAAAGUCAGUCCUCUCUCUCUGAAUCACUUGGUUGCCUUUUCGAUCUCACAAAAUCUGACAAGAUUCCAAACAGGGCGACUUGGAGUAAGAAAAACCCUCGUAUGAAUAUCUUUCCUUUCAUCCUGUGCACUUAACAUUUUCAGGUGCUCUUCAGUGACUUGCCUGGGAAAGCAACAAAGCAAGUUUUGCACUUUGAAAAUACAUUGAUUAAUGGCUUCCCAAAUUCCGCUGGUGAUCUCCGUAUAAAUCUUACAGCACCAAACCACUAAAGCACCAAAAUGCAGAAAAUCAGACCCAUCUGUCUUCUUUUUGAAACAGAGUUUGUGGGGGAAGUGGGUACACACACACACACACACACACACACACACACUUUUACUGCAUUUCAAGUCAGUUUUCAUCCAUCACUAUCCUGGUAGUAAUCUUUGUGUAUGUAUGCAUCCUUAUUUAUGGGGCUGAGUUUUUCUCCCCCCCCCCUCUAGAAUGCUGCUAUAGAUGUGUAAUUGUAUCUGUGAACUGGCACCUGUACACAUUCCAAUCCAGUUAAUGCAAGAUGCCUCCUUAAUGGAGGGUCAUGAAGUAGCCAGAUUUACCUUCUGCUCAAAUGAAUUAGCAAGGUAUCUGUAGAGAAACCCUGCAUAGGCGCAAUGAUUUUAAAAAUAUUCUAAAUUGCCAAUAAAAAAAAAGAGGAGGAAGAGCAAGGCAGUGGUGAGGGAAGGAAAAUUAUGGGACAGUUUCCAACUUCUUAAUGAAAAAUUCAGGGCAUGUGAUAUAGAUAACCACUUUGAGGUUAUUUUUUUUACCAUCAAGCUGUGUAUACAUUUUAUGAAGUAAAAAUAUAUAAAUAAAAACUGACAGAUUACAGGGUGCAAUACUGAAUGUAUCACCAUGCACAAAUAACAAUCACUAGUAGGUCAUGCAAAAACUGCUUAUCUUAAUGCAUCCUUUAAAAAAAUGCAAGAUAUCUGGAAGAUAAUAUUCCUCCCAGAGGCAAUGCCUCAAAUAAAAAUCCUCUUUGGCUGAAAGAUCUAUGUAUAAAUUAUUUAACCUCACUAAUUGCUUAAUUGUUAAUGUUCCUGAAAAAGUGCAUUAUAAAGAAGAGAUAAGAGUCAAAACUGAUUCUCUUUGCUAGGGAUUUCAUCUUGGCCAAUGCCACAGGAAGCAGACACUGUAAAUCCCAAUAUAAGCAAAUUAGCAAUUUUAUGAGCUAACCAGCUGCUCAGCAGAAUUUUGUUGCAAUGCAUCACCGCCUGAGAAAGAACUCUGUGUGGCCUCCUUAAUUCCUGUUUUUCAAUGAUUUGGAACAUGUGCUAGUUGGACUAUAACACAUCCAUUCUACAGUUUGCCCGGUUUUAAAAACUUAAUUUUAGAUUAUAAUUAGACUGAGAGUUUUAACCAGAAAAAAACACCAGAACAUUCCUAGCUCAGUUAAUAACACAGGAUAGAGGAAAUAACGGUCAGGGCACCAGCAAGGAGACCUCUCUCACCCUCUGUGUUUUAGAUUUCAUAUGAUCUGUUCUCAGGAACAUCCUCUUGUUAUCAGGAGUUAUAAAGUGUAAUGCAUAUCUCUGGUUGUUAUUAUUAGGUAUAAGGGGAGGGCCAUACCUGAGUGGUCGAGCAAUUGCUUCGUAUACCAAAGGUCAUUGGUUCAAUCUCUGGUGUCUCCAGUUGGGGGAGGAAAUACCCUUGUCCAAAAUCCUGGAAAGCCAUGCCCAGUAGUGCCAUCAGGCCAGGACUUUGGAGAAGGAGGUCAGGGCCCCACUCGAUGGAAUGAGUAGGAGGGCCCCCAAACACAGCAUGGCCACAGUUUGAAGUAAACCUAUAGAGCAGAGAGGGCACUAAGUCCAUAAAGUGUAGAGUCUAACAGUACCUACCUGCAUCAUUGCUGCUGCCAGUCAGUGUGGACAAAACAGAACUAGAUGGACUAUGAACUUGGUAUACAGAAGCUUCAUAUGUUCAUGUAACCACAGUGCCUGCUUUUAAAAUUCUUUGCUUUUCAGCAGUUUAAUCUUGCGUAUUUUCAAAAGCAAGCCUGAAAAUGUUACUCUUGAUAGCUCAGUCAGUAGAGCACGAGACUCUUAAUCUUAGGGUUGUUGGUUCGAGCCCCAAGUUGGACAAAAGAUUCCUGCAUUUCAGGGAGUUGAACUAUUUGAUCCUCAUCGUCCCUUCCAACUCUACAAAUCUAUGAUUCCCCUCCCACUAGAGUUGCCAACCCUCCAGGUUUGGCCCAGAGUCUAAGCAUCAACCUGCAGCUCCAGGAAUCUUCUGAGGCCAGUCUUGGAGUUUUGACCAGCCACUGUUGCUGUCUCACACUAGAAAGGGGUAGUCAGGAAAUACGGUACAAGGGACUCUUGCCCUGACAUCACUACUCAGCUUGAGCCACAGCUACAAGGGGAUCAUUGAUUGACUCAGCUGCCAGGCCUGGGCAGUAGAGAACCAAACCACGGAAACCAGUCCCAAGUCAAUGUUUCAAAAUGGAGUUUGACCAGUGCACAGUGGAGUUAGGAGACUAGAAGUGCUGAGACAGUCUAAGGAGAGGCAGCAUGAAGGAGCUGGGCAUUCAUCCAGAGUACAGUAUGGUGCAGAGAAGCCUUCUGUAAACAGAAACAAAAGAGAGAGAGGUAGUGGUGGUCGCUGAAGAAUAUUACAGUGGCACAGUGAACAAGAUGAUGCAUUUGUGUGGUUUUAAUGAUGAAUGGUGCAAGCAAAAUGCAUUUAGGAGCUGGUUUCACAAGGUCAACACAGCUACCAGCAGAGAAGACUGGAUGCCACCAAGGGUCUUCAGUUAAAUAUUGCGGGGCGGGGGGAGAGGGGUAAGCUGUAAGGAGCCACAGAAGAAAGUCUAAGGAAUUAGAAAAACAACAGAAAAGAAUUCAACAGAUUUCAUCAUUUUGUACCAUUUCUCCCCCAAGAAAAUCUGGUUACAAUAGCAGAAGUGGGGCAGGUUUACCACAGAACUUCACACCCUUUAAAUUAUGCAAGCCAAGACUGCAAGCAAAAUGCUUCUAAGAAUAUUGUCCGAUUCUGAAAUUGCAACAGCAACACAAUCUUGCGCACAGACAAAAGCAAUCAGCACAACUGAAAAACAUUUUGGCACCCAAAUCACGAAAACCUUUGCGUAAGGGCUUGGAUGGUGCACAGUUGUUUUUUCAGUUGAAUUUGCUGUUUGCAACAUGAGACAGAGGAAAGUCUUCCUAGUAAGUCUUUGUUACUUUUCUGUGUCAGACAGAAUUAAGUGUGGCUAACUUGAAUUUUUGCAGUGACUUGACAAGUCAGUCAACUGUGAUACGUAUCGCCAUCAUUCCACAGGAGAAUGGUCUCUGUAUUAAGUGUGUCUUCUUAUGGAGCUGACAAUGCCUCUGCAAAUUUGUAAAAGCACAGAUCAGUGUAUCAGAAAUUAAAGCAGUUUAAUGACUACUUGAUAGAAAUUAGAUGCAGACAUCAUAUAAUCCAUACUUGCCUCAAACAUUGGAUGAGUGCUUUGAGUUUUUUUGCAGAACCCCCAAGUGCAGUCAUACCUCGUGUUGCGUCCACUUCAUGUUGCGUCUUUUGCAUUACGUCCCACUGCAACCCGGAAGUACUGGAACAGGUUACUUCCAGGUUUCGCUGCUCGCAUAUGUGCAGAAGCUCUAAAUCGUGCUUCCCGCAUGUGCAGAAGCACCAAAUUGCACUGCACGCCUGCGCAGAUGCAGCGCUUCAAGUUGCGGGCAUUUCACGUUACGGACAGGCCUCCAGAACGGAUUCUGUCCAUAACACGAGGUACCACUGUAUACAGUGAGGUUUUUUCCCCUUGUCCAAGAAAGUAGAAUCUGUUAUGUCCUUUUCUGAGUUUGUAGAAAUGAAAUAGAAAGAUGUCCUUCGGCAUGUACCAACAAAGUGCUUGUCACUUCUACCUGCUAUUGAACACACAUUACAAUGUUGGCCAGUACUGAGGUCAUACUUCUUUUCAGAGAAAGAAGAAUGUGUGGAGAUUGUGUGGGCAGUAUUCAGUGAGAAAGAACACAAAUUCCCCACUUAGUUAUGUUUGCUUCCUGCAUAACCUGAUGGGAAUCUUUCAGAUUGCUGUGAAGAAACAGGAAUGUAACAAUGUCAGCUGUACAAAUUCUAUGGAAGAUCAGCCCAAGUCAUUUUUAGCAAUGCUGAGAACAGAAAUUUCAGAAAGGAAACAAAUAAUACUGUUACACACCACCCACCCCAAUCUCCAAGCCGUGCAAGAUUCCAGGGUUCUAGGACUAGGUGCUUACCCAGGAUUCAUGUUUCCUUUUGGAAACAGUGGAGACUGUGGUGUCUUUACGAUAUAUGGUUUGUUCACACAUCUAUACAACCUGAGUCAAAUGAUGGAGGGGCUUACAGCAUUCCAAAAGGGUCUUGCUUCCUUCAUAGGCACAACUUGGGAUCAAAACAGAUACCGGCCAUGGCUCUUACUCUCGGUCCACUUUGCAGCCUUUAACAGACUGAAGCCAUUUUCCUCCAGCCUACAUCAUCCCCAACUGCAACCCUAAACUCUCCACUCUGCUUUGUCUCAGCUAACUAUCUCAGAGCUCAGGUAAGGGAUCCACCCAUUUGCCAACUGCCACAGAGUCUGCUUUGCUGAUAGCCCAUCUUCCCUGUCUUUGUUCUCUGUUAAUGGCCCAUCUUUCAGCAAUCUCCUGAACUCAGGAAAGUGGUUUGGCCUGCCUUAACACUUUGCUAAAUCCAGUGUCUGGCAGCCAGUGUUAGCACUGCAAGCAUUGAUGAAAUUCUAAUAUCUAUCAGACCCAGGAAUUUAGGGGAUACUGGCACCUACAAACUCACAAUACAUUGACAAAGUGCCUUGAAUACCUGGAGAAAUUGUAUGAUGUUGAAACAGCACCUUAAAAACAAAAGCAAGCGUCAGUUGUCUCACUUCACAACAAUGUGAAAAGUCUUGCUACAGAAGCCCACAUCGAGAUAGACAAGCUGCAUGAUGACUACUUUGUGUUACAGUAAACAAGGGGUAAAGUUGCCCUGAAGGAACAAAAUAUAGAUCAGAGAUGAGUGGAGGUGUUCAGAUGAAUGCCAGUGGGUAGUGGCAACCAAAUGAAGAAGCUGGUCUCUUCCACACUUUCCAUUUCUAUAACUAAUGCCUACCAAGUUGUCAGUUUAAUGGCACAACUAUGAGCCAAGAACAGAACCAAGCUGUGUGACAGCAUUGUGAAGUCAUAGUUUGCAACCCAAGCUCCCACUGAAAUCUGACCUCUUACCCCGGCAAAUAAAGCUGUAAUAUCCAUUUAUAUUCCACCUUUCUUCCAUUUGAAAGGGUUCUCUAAAGUGAAGGGCUGUCCAGCUCAGUCUCAGUAUUUAAAGAUAAAGAACCCUAAGAAGGGAGAGGCGGAGCCUUGAAGUUGCUCAUCAACAAUUAGUAUCUGGACAACAGAAUGAGGAGGCAUAAGGGGAGGACUUCAAUGUAGCACUAAGUUGAAGUCCCUUAGUGACAUGCUAGUGGUGCUAGCAAAAUGGCAUGUGCAAGAGAAGGAGCAGUAAGCCAACAUGGUUCUCGAGGUUGGUUGUGGGGCUACCUUUGAAGGUGCCCCAGAAACUUCAAUUAAUCGAGAAUGCAGCAGCUAGACUGUUGACUGGGAGUGGUCGCUGAGACCAUAUAACACCGGUCCUGAAAGACCUACAUUGACUCCCUGUAUGUUUCUGAGCACAAUUCAAACUGUUGGUGCUGACCUUUAAAGCCCUAAACGGCCUCGUCCCAGUACACCAGAAGGAGAGUUUCCACCCCCAUUGUUCAGCCUGGACACUGAGGUCCAGCUCCGAGGGCCUUCUGGCGGUUUCCUCACUGCAAGAAGUGAGGUUACAGGGAACCAGGCAGAGGGCCUUCUCAGUAGUGGCGCCUGCCCUGUGGAACGCCCUCCCAUCAGAUGUCAAUGAAAUAAACAACUAUCAGACUUUUAGAAGACGUCUGAAGGCAGUUUAAGGAAGUUUUUAAUGUUUGAUGUUUUAUUGUGUUUUUAAUAUUCUUUUGGGAGCUGCCCAGAGCAGCUGGGGAAAUCCAGCCAGAUGUGGAGGGUAUAAUAAUAAUAAUAAUAAUAAUAAUAAUAAUGCAACAGUAGGCCCGGUACUUCCUGUUGCACAACAAGCUUCUGCUAGUGCAACUGUUGCUCUGGGUUUCAUAUUGCACAACCAUUAUUCUUGCUCUUAUGCUAGGGCCCUUGCAUUGGCUGUCAGUGAAUGUUAAAUCCAGGCCAAAGUCACCUGUUCACAGUGUGCUCCACUAUGGUGAGAUGCAUUUUGAUUUAAAUUAUAGCAGUUGUUUCUAAAUUGGCAUAUAUCAAGUAUUGUUGUUGUUUAGUCGUUUAGUCGUGUCCGACUCUUCGUGACCCCAUGGACCAGAGCACGCCAGGCACUCCUGUCUUCCACUGCCUCCCGCAGUUUGGUCAAACUCAUGCUGGUAGCUUCGAGAACACUAUCCAACCAUCUCAUCCUCUGUUGUCCCCUUCUCCUUGUGCCCUCCAUCUUUCCCAACAUCAGGGUCUUUUCCAGGGAGUCUUCUGUUCUCAUGAGGUGGCCAAAGUAUUGGAGUCUUGGCUUCAUGAUCUGUCCUUCCAGUGAGCACUCAGGGCUGAUUUCCUUAAGAAUGGAUAGGUUUGAUCUUCUUGCAGUCCAUGGGACUCUCAAGAGUCUCCUCCAGCACCAUAAUUCAAAAGCAUCAAUUGUUCAGCGAUCAGCCUUCUUUAUGGUCCAGCUCUCACUUCCAUACAUCACUACUGGGAAAACCAUAGCUUUAACUAUACGGACCUUUGUUGGCAAGGUGAUGUCUCUGCUUUUUAAGAUGCUGUCUAGGUUUGCCAUUGCUUUUCUCCCAAUAAGCAGGCGUCUUUUAAUUUCGUGACUGCUGUCACCAUCUGCAGUGAUCAUGCAGCCCAAGAAAGUAAAAUCUCUCACUGCCUCCAUUUCUUCCCCUUCUAUUUGCCAGGAGGUGAUGGGACCAGUGGUUGAUGUUGAGCUUCAAAGCAUAUUUUGCGCUCUCCUCUUUCACCCUCAUUAAAAGGUUCUUUAAUUCCUCCUCACUUUCUGCCAUCAAGGUUGUGUCAUUAGCAAUUUUAAUGUGAAUCUGUGACCACUGUGUUUUUAACACCAUUAUCUAGGUGUUGAGGACCCUUUAGCAAACCCUAAACUGGACUGAGUCCACAAAGAAUAUCUUAUGCAUAUUUGUAAGCCUUUUAUAAAAAAAAGCUGCAUUUAAAUAAUUGUUUUAAUAGAAUCCAGUUUUUGCAUUGUUUCCUCCCUCUAUAUAUAAUUUUGUCUCUUUUAAAAUUUGAUUUGGUGUUUGUCAGCAAAGAAACAAAACAUCCUGUACUCACACAUAUUUCCUAUCUGCUGCUGUUCUGGCCCCAGCAGCAAGCACAGUGGUGUAACUAUGCUAUUGCAGUCAGUAAGGAAAAACCUUUAAUAUAUAUAAUAUAUAUCUCAAUCUCCAAAGCGCUUCUGUGAAAGCUAUAGACCUACAGGGAUAAUAACAGCAAUGGAUUCUGCUGAUGGGAGUGAGCAAGAGAAAGCAAAAGUGAGCGGUUUAACAUGAAGAAGUGGGGCAAUCAGAAUAAGGAACUAUAAAACCACAAAGGAGUAUAUCCAUAGAUUUACAAAGCAGCCUGAUGCCCUUUCAAAACACAUUUUCUGCACUUAUUUUCCCAACUGAAUCAUGGGGAUAGGCAAGCCAGGCUAGUUUGCUCUCACUUUAAAGCAAUAAAAUAAAGGCAAGGGAAGACGUUUUCUCCUGUUCUGGUGACUGAAUAGAAAUAACAGCCCUCAAAUAUUAAACACGGUUGCUGCAUGGGCUGGGGCACCAAUUAAGGAGACAUGGGGAUGACCAGUGACCAUACUUCCCCCACCUCUGUUUCAGGCAACAUAGGAUUUUUGCUCAAGCACACCUAUAUUUCUGGCUAGCUUAUUGGUUCUACAUAUUGGGAACCUAGACAUGAUAGGCCAUGUGUAUAACUGGCAGUGAAGGGGUUGACCUAUUUGAAGGGCUUUCAAAGGUCACUCACAUAUCUGAAGAUGUCCUUUAGUCCAAGUCUGGUUUAAAGGUAGCCUCACCCAUAAGAAGGUUAGGUACCUUGUAACUGCCCAUCAGCAGACUGAACAGCAGAAUAUAUGAAGACAGAAGCCCCCACAAAUGUGUAUCUAAAUACAAAAAUUAGCAUAUGCAAUUUUUAUGCUAAAUUGUGUCUUAUUUUUUCCCCUUGGGGGCACGUGAUACAUUUCCUUUUUUUUCUAGUGAUGCUUAAGUGCCUCUCCCAUUCUCACCCCCUCCUGAGGUUCCCUGCAGUGCUAUGUAUUGCUCAGUGAUCUUUAUGCCCAGGCAAAAACCUGAAACUGUGUCACUCUAGUUGUACAUGCAGCACUCUCACCAGUACACCAUACAGGAGAUCACUGUAGAGCAUGCUUCACUGGAUCCUCCACACCCACUUGCAGAAACUAUGCAGAUAUUGUGAACAUGCCACUUUAAAGAUCAAGGCCACAUCCGCACUAUAGGGAAAUCUGAGAAAUUUAUUCUGUGAGGGGAAUGGAGGUCUCGUAACACCUCUCAACACCCUUAACAAACUACAGUUCCCAGGAUUCUUUGGGUGAAGCCAUGACUGUUUAAAGUCACAUGAUACUGCUUUAAAUGUACUGUAUAGUGCAUAGGGUUCAACUUGCAUUUACCAUUUUAAAGACGUUUAUUUGUUUUUCGUUAACAGGAGCAUUAAUAAAGUAACAAGUAGAAGUUCCUACACAGUGAACAAAGUGGGGAUUACUUCUGAGUAGAAGUGCACUGGUUCAUGAGAGUUGCUAUAAUGUUUCCUGGAUCAUAGCAUAAUACUUUAGUUUCUUCAACAUAAUUAACGAUCUGUUUUAUAAUCCCACCAGCCCUCCUGCUCUUCUGUAUAAUUGGUUAGGUAGAUCUUACUCAACAAGGCCUCAUCCACACUUCCCUUUUGCCCUACACUUUCUAGGCACAGAUCCCUGCUUUCCCCAGGAAAACUCACUCUAGUACUGAGUCGGAACCAACAGCAAUUCAUGUUUUCCAGGAUUCAUUGGUAAAGGGUGGAUUUUCGCAGGAAAAGCACCAGGGCAAAAAAAACCCAAGUGCUUUAACCUAUCUUUGUAGAUGUUUCUUUAUGAAUCCAUCGUAUUUAUUGUUCUCAUUUGAGCCUCCCCCAAUUUAGGAAUACUGAAUGUAACUCUGAGAUGGGACCAAUACUGAGGUCAGUGCAACUAAGAAUUUUUUCAUAUGCUUUUGUGAAUAUUUUUUGGAAUGCAAUCCUCUACUUUUUUGUCUUUUUUUGGCAAAAGAAUCAUAUUGACUGUGUUUCCUUUGGGAUCUAUGACACUACUCUGAUCUUUUUCUCUAAUAGUGCUAUCUAACUUGUAAUCUUCGGCUGGUUUCUGUCCAUUUGACAUUACAGUUUACACUUGUCCUUAGUUAUUGGAUUUCACAUCUUUGCUUUCAUAUCAGUUCUUCAGUUUACAAAAUUCAUCCAGAGCGGUAUCUCAUGUUCUAUCUUGCUAUGCAAUCUGCCCAUCUGUCAAUAAUUUUGCCGCCUCUACCCAGAUCGGGGGAAAAUAAUAAAGAGUAUGGCAGUCAGAACAGAUCUACAAAUUGAACUGAUAUCUCCUAUCAUUUGAACACUGGAUAGCUGUCACCUUUAUGCUCUUAUGUAAGGAGCUUGCAGGCCCCAGUGGGAAGAGAAUGCUGACCUACAGGAAAGGAUUCUUACAUUUUCCUCCUUGAGUCGCCCACCAUGUUUACUCAACUUGUUUGUGAAAAUGUUAUUUAUUUCAAUUUCAGAAGGCUUGUGCCACCCUGAAUACGGGGUGAGAUUAAAAUAAAAGAACAUAUAAGUUGCCUGUUAAUAACAAUAAGAAAAACUUCCUCUCCCACCGGGUGCUAUUUUUGCAGAAGAAGAGGUGCUGGAACUCACCAUGAAUGCCUCCCUUGUUCUCUUAUAAUGGCAACGGCACCCACCUGAGAGGUGGCAGGACUGAGUUCUGGCUGGAAAAAGCCCUGCAGUCCCAUCUUGUGAGGGAGCAAUCAAAAUUAGGAUCGUGGUGCAUGGGGAAGAGGGUUUGGCCUCUUCACACAUGCCAUAGUCACAAGAAAAAUUGCCUCCAUGAAGCUAUUUGACACAGGAUGGAAACUGCUGUUAAUGCUCUACUUCCAUCAUAUGAAGAGCACAUCCAGGAGAUCAAGGAGCAGCAGGACUACACUGCUCUAUGUAGGUGUAGGUGUCUGCAUGGGUGAACACCAUGCUCUUUGUUGUACUCACCUUUCCAGAACCACAUUGUGGAGUGAUAUGAUGAACCAAUAUGCCCUCCAAUUGUACUGUUUAUGGGAUAAGAGCCCUUUUGGACUUUGUAUGAGUUAGCCACACCUUAGUUCCUAGCCUGUACAAGGGAAUUAACAGGAAGUCACAAACUGGUUCUGUUCAAAAAUUCCUGCUCCAGGGGCACAGUUGAGCCUCAGACAAGUCAUUUCCCCACAAGGGAGGAGACAAGUUUGGGGCAGGUAGGAAGAGUUGCAAAGGAGAGGGCUUAGGGCAGAACUGAGGUGGUCUCUGAACAUGAUCACCUUAGGGGGAGGAUCAGUCCCUGCUGUGUUGCCCUUAAAAUACUGCUGCCUGGAGCAAUGGCCUGGGCUGUUUGUUCAGUUGUACUAAUCCUACUGAGAAAGGACACAAAACCAGCACAUUCUUUCAGUAUUAACUAAUUGUCUUCAUAUGUGUGUUAUAUUUCCCAUGAAUACCCCAAAGGAGGAUAACAGAAAUCCGAGGGCUGCAAAUGCUUGCAUUCACAAGUCUAGCGAAUCAGAAAAGCUUUCUCAACAGUACGAAAUGUGUCACUGGUAUGCAAAAUUCUCUCUCGGCAGAGCUUUUGAUAAGACCUCAGUACUAAACUAAACCCACACACCUGCCUUUCAACUUGAAAGGACCCAUUUGGUUUUUCAGGGCUUAGGGGUCAGCAGUAACUUUUUCCAUGUGCUCUCCCUAUUUAGUUCAUAUCCCUUGUGGAGCGCAAGAUGGCAGACAUAUAUAUUCAGUAAUAGGGGCAAAGCAGUCAUCAUAGGCUCAGAGACAAUCUCUUCAUUAUUACUUCAUAUGUUCCCCCAAACUAAACCUUGAUCCAUUGAUGCAGCUAAGCCUUGGUUUGUCCUGGCUAAAGCUGAGCUAAACUUGGGUUUGUCAACAUUUGUCCUGGAGCACUGUCCAGUUCAGCACUCUUCCUCCUUACACCUGAUGGCCCAGUUCUUAUUGCACUUUCAUUACUGAGCAUCCGACAACAAUAGAAUCCAAAAAUAUAAAAUGGCUGGGGAGAGCACAAUCAAAGCUAACAAAUCAAAAACUGCUCUGGCACAAUGCCCCGGUGUUCAAAGGAGUUGCAGCAGGGAGGAAGAAGGGAUAAAGGCUUGCGUGCCAGUUGCUACCUGCCAAUCAGAGCCUCUUAGUUAUUUUUUGCACAUAUAUAAGUAGCUUUUAGGCACUGAGCUCUAAGCCCAGCUGUACAGUAGGUGUAGCUGAAGUGGCCAUUAUAUCCGCAGCAGGUGUCCUACUCAGGCAAUUAUUUCGGGAACAUUAGUGCUUUCAGAUCCUUGCCACCCUGCCUAAAAAUCGUGACCAAAGAAAUCACACAGUACCUAGUGGGCACCAGAAACCAUGAAUAAUAAGUAGCCUGGAUUUAUAAAGGAUAUAGUUCUUCAAAAAACAUGCUUUUCUUUUCUUAUGACAGAACUACAGAAUCAAUUGCUGGAGGGGAUGCAACAGUGUCAUAAAUAUAUGCCUUUUCAAAGCAAAGUCAUUCUCUCACACCCCUGACAUCUCAUGUACAAAAUAAAUUUUGUGUCGUCAGGAUGGGAUCUUCCAAAAGGGCUAUGAGCUGUAUGGGGGUGGGGGGAGUCUCUAGCUCCCCCCUAAAACAAGAAGAAUUUGUGCUCACAUGUAUAUGGUAAUUUAUUUAUUUAAAUACAUGGGUUGCUUUUUAUAUACAUUAUAAACCUGUUGAUUAGUAAAAUAUAUUGUACCAUGUGGAUUAUGCACAUACCUGUAUCAAAUACCAAGACCAUUUUUGAAAACAGGUCAAAUGACCACCAAAGUUCCUCGUCUUAUUACACCUUUUUGAAAUGCAACUCUGUAAUUCAUUUAAAUUUAUGAUAAAGAAGGAGAACAAAAAACUGCCAUCUGGUACAGUGAAGAGUUGCCUCUCCUUAAUAUGUAGAGAGCCAGCUUUUAUUUACUACAGUUGAUUCACCUUCUAAAUUCUGCCACCAAAUAUCUGUACUAAGCUGUUUACCAAUACUGUACCUUUAACUACAACCCAGUAGCUGUGAUAUUUUAGAUGUGAUACCAAACCAGCCAAAGACUUCUAUAAUUAAAUCCAAGUAACAAGAUAUUCUUUAUUUAUUAUAAACUAUAAAUGUAAAAUAAGGUAAAUACUAUAUUUCAGUUGUUUAUGGGGCUUUUUAAGACUUACACUUGCAUUAAUAAGGUUACUGUACUGUAUAUUUAAAUUACAGUUACAAAUGUUUAUGUAAGGCUGGCUGGAAAAGUGUAGUUCCUAACCCUAUUUAACUUACAUGCCAAGUACCCUUAGUCCCUCUGCCCCGGUUAAUCUCACUACCAGGUAUUGUGGACCACACCUGGUUUCCUUUGAGUCAGGCUUGCAGGCAGUUAUCUGGUCAGCUGCAAAAGCUCCUUACUGAAUCCCUCUCAUGCUCUUGUGGCCUUUCUUCCAAUCUCUGGCUUCAGCCAGUGAUUUAGCUCUACACUACCAGGAUUUCCCUAUCCUCAAUAGCCUCUUGCCACCUCACUUCGGCUCCAGCCUCAGCUUGUUCUUCACAGCCAGUCUUCUGUCAUUGUUCUUGUCUUCUUCAUCAUCUCUCUCAGCAGUGGCAGAACAAGCCUAUUUAUGUUCCAGCCAGCCUAUCCUUCAACCAAUCAGAUUAGUAUGGAACUCUCCUACUCGUCAGACCACUUACCCCAUGCAAUGAGUGAUCAAGAAUGUCUACCUAGUAAGCCAAUUAGAAGUGUAAUUUUGCAAUCCCCACCUCUCAGUAUUUAAAAGAACCCAGAUUCCCCCCAGACCAGACAUAUAACUAACCAAAAGCCAGCUCUCAGCCCCAAAGGUAUACUUACUAUUUCAAAUUUAACCCAUCAUGUUAUGUGAUCCCACAUACCCAUACAUUGUAUCUAAACCAGGCAUGUCCAAAGUCCGCUGGUUGAUUUAAUCCAGCCCCCUCCUAAAAUCCUAAAAAAAAAGCUCAGCAACUUUGGGGUAAAAUUGUGAAAAAAAGAGCUCAACAUCUUAAAUUCUAAAAACUUUGGUUGGCCCUCACACAUGUUCACUUCCUCAAAUCUGGCCCUCUUUGGAAAAAGUUUAGGCACCCCUGAAUUCUAAACCAAACCCUGUUCUAGUAAGUGCCUUUUAAAAGGUGAGUUCUCCACAGUUACCAGUGUAAUAGGGUGGGAAAGCAGGUUACGACAUAAUGCUGUCUAACUACUUGGAACCUAACCUUGAGCUUUGAAUUUUCUUUCCUUCUUUUAUGUGAUUUCACAGCCACCAAUCACACUGUUCAUAAUUCAUCCCCACCCUGCCCCAAGCAAGUGACUGCAGGGACAUGAGUUGCUUGUGCACUGUUGUGAGCACAAAUUUUUAAGAACAUUCUGCUUGGCUGGAAAAAAUAUAUAUAUUCACAGAUACCUGGAGGUAUUAGACUGAGAGCACUACUGAUAUCCUCUGAGACGCCUUUCAAGAUAUCUUAGAAGCCAAAGGCAGCUUUGUCAAACUGUUAGUAUUCUGGUAGGCUCUGGUCAUAGAAGUAAUACACAAUGAAUUGCCAGCCCUCCAUCAUUAAGAUCAACAUUCCUGAUGCAGUUUCACAGAUUAUUCUAAAGAUUAAUGCACUGAAACACUACAAUCAUAGACUUAUGAGGACAGACAAUUUUGAAAUAAAUGGUGGAAUAACUCACAAGGAGUAAAUGUACUGAUGUACCAGGUACAAAGCCUCUACUCUAUAUCUAUAUCUAUAUCUAUAUCUAUAUCUAUACACACACACUCCACCCUGCCCUUCCCGGUUUAAAAACCGGUCUCAGGGCGGCUAACAGCAAAUAUAAAACAUUGAUUAAAAUGCGACAUAAAAACGCAUAAAACAGUAUAGAAUGCAACAUAAAAUGCAGCAUCAAUAUCAAUAAAAUUCAAGAAUUCAGGGGUCAUUUUUUUUGGGGGGGGACCCAGUCAGUAGACAUCGAAUAAUCACCAGGGCUAACUGGCCAAGUUGGUCCUACUAGGGCCAGCAAGGAGGUGUGUGAAUAAGAAUUUAAACGUGGGGUCCAGGAAGGGUUUCUUCACAGAAGAGGAAAGGGAAAAGGGAAUAGAGGAUCAGGCUACUUAAUUCAAACUGAAGCUCCACUGGGGCUUAUGCCAUCAGCCACAGUGGCAGAAGAAGGAUACAGCAGCUGCAAUGUAUUCUUUGAUGAAACCAUAUUAUCCUGUUAAAAAGUGGACAGUGACAUCCAUCAAAUUCAGUUUAGGAAUGGAAGAGAAAUUCAAUUCAGUUCACGUUUAAAGGUGAAGCUAUCAAAUCUGCACUUUCUGAAACAAUAUAGGAACCAAAACGCAGCCAUCCUUCAAAAUUCACACUUAUCCAGCUUGCAAUGCAGUUCUCCAACCAACCAAUGUUUAGGAAAAAUACAUGCAUUAGGGGAAACUGCUUCCAAAAAUGUGUACAUUAAUUAAAACUGCAUUAAAAAAAAUGUGUUUAUAAUGAGAAAUUUGCACCAAAACUCUGCUGAUUUUUUGUUUUUGUUUUAAUUGCAAACUGCUUCAGAAAUCCUGAGAACUGAGUUUAAAAUUGGGAAAACAAGAAACGGAGGGAACCAAAACUGACAGGUCCAUCCCUAGUGACCACUCAAAAUAGGCAUGUUUUUGAGACAUUGCACUGUGGGAUACCAGAGCAAAAUCCUUGCAACACAUGGAAACAUUCCAGCUAUAAAUUGCGAAUGUCAAAUGACUUUAUAUUUCUGGGGAUAUAUUCAGUGUAGCAUGAAUUGAAGACCAAAUACAGAGUGUUGUUGUCAUGGAAGCGGGCUGUUCUAUUGGAGUCCUGUCUUUCAUAAGAUUCAGAUCAUGAGGUGAUUGGUUACCAUAUGCAGCAGGACAGACAUUCUGGAAAAGUGAGAGAAGCUAUACAGAUGUCCAUUUAACCACGCAUUCAAUUGUACAUUUUAGUAGAAAAAAGAUGGGGAAUUCUGAGGUAAUAGAAUGGACAAAGUUGCCUCAGGCUGCAGGGUUGAGGGAUUCCAGUUUUGACUGCUUUUGCAAGUAAAAAUCAAAUAGAAGAAAAGAAAAAGAAAAGACCCUGCAAAGCAAAAGGCUUUUGCUUGGGCACUGGCUUGCAGUUCUGGUAUUCCGUUUGCAUUAAGUCACUAAAACAAGGCAUAAUAUUUUUUAAAGUUUGUAAUUUUCCCUCAGUCUGAAUAACUCCAGUCCAUCCUACCACCUUGUUCUGCUGCAUGUAUAGACCAAGCCCACCAUGUCAGUAGCUAAUGUUUGGUAAAAUUCUCCUUAUGACUGGGCAGGUUGUGAAAAAGAGAAAGCUGACCCUGAGGUAGUUUGGUCUUCUGUGUGGGGUCUGAAUCUCAAUCAGUCUUGCUUUCUGGGGUUCAGCUGCGACAGCUUUCCUGAUUAACUAGCAAGCAGCCUAAGGUGUGAGGCAUGGAGAAAAUCACUUUGGGCUGGAGAGAUCUAUGCCUUCCAAUACUUGCAUCAGGGUUAGCAUCAUCAAGCACCUUCCAAGGUCUGUGCCUUAGGCUGGGGGGGGGGGGGCACUGGAGCUUCCUGCUCCUUGCAGUUGCUGAGCAAGCGAACAAUAUGAGGAGUUGUGGGAAGGAGCAGUAACCUCUGCUUAUCCUUGUCUCAUUUCCCUGGGAGGUAGGGUGGAUUAGCAAAGAAAUGGGCAGUGGCAACAGUGACAAGGAGGAGGGUGUGAGCACCAAGACCAACCCACCUUAAAUUCCUCCAACACCUGAAACUCUCAUUGGUGCCCUGAGGCCACCAUCAACAUCUCUGUUACCAGCUUACUAAUUACUAUAUUGCAUGUUGUGGAAAUAUAAGGUUGGACAUUAAGAAAAUAUGGGUAGGCCCAACAUCCCCUGAAAAGAGCCAGGGUGGUGUAGUGCAUACCCUCCAGCGUGUCGCUGCAGAAAACCAGGACACGCAUUUUCUGUCUCACAGUAGUGGGAAGAAAAGGAACUGACCCCACAUAUGCCACCCUGAGUUACUGAAAUGAAAAAUGAUGACGAAAAACAACAACAGGGUUUCUAAAGAACAGAAGGUUUAUGCUUCAAACAGGAGAGGACUUUAGUAAUAUGGCACCCUGAGCGAGGGCAAAAUUUGGGGACAUAAAUAUUUAUUUGGCACCCUCCCCCUCUUGCCUUUCCUUCUGCACAUGCUGUCAACUGCACUACAUCAUAGUUGCAGCAAUUCAAGUGCCCAUCUGUCUGGGGCCUUUGUGUAGGUACCUAUAUAAAUAUAGGUGGUGGUGUUGUUGUUGUUAUCAUGCACCCCCUCAGCUUGGCACCCUAUACAGGGUAACCACCUGCACUGCCCUAAAUACAGUGCUGCUUAAAAAUAAAUGUACCUGCCAAUGUAGGAGUAAUUUAGGCCAGGGAAGGGAAUCCUGUGGCCCUCCAGAGGUUGUUGAAUCCCAACUCCUAUAAACUAGGGUUUCCAUAUUUCAAGAUGUAAAUAUCCGGACACGAUUUCUCGGUUUACUUGCCAAAGAUCCAGGACAAUCCACCGCGUUCCAGAAAUUCUUCCCAGAUAUCACUUCUGCCUUUGAGAUCCGGGUAACGUCCAGGAAAUCCUGGACGUAUGGCAUCCCUACAUAAGCCUCAGCUAGCACAACCAAUGUCAUGGCUGGUGGGAGGCAUAGUCCUCAUGCAACAUCUGGAAAGCCAUAGGUUCCUCAUCCCUGGUUUAGCCAAUGAGAUAAACAUAACCUUAAAUAAAUUAUCUAAUCAAAUUCUCUCUCAGGGCUGUAAUCAUAUUCUCUCUCGGGGCGGCUCAGGCAGGUCUGUGGCCUCCUUGAUUAUAUUAUUUCCCAGGCCCCUGUCCUGAAUUUCCAACUUAUGUUUAAAAAUAAAUUAUCUGACCCAAUUACUUGUGGAGAGAGAUAUAAAGGAAAGUGUGUAGGCAGGAUCCUACCCAACAGCUGAGUAAGAAGCAACAAUGUUCCAGUGCCUCAGCCCAUGAGCGCAGAGGUGCCAAGAUAACUGACAAGCACCAGGCGCUUACUCUUAAAUGUCAUAAUAACACUGAUUCUCGUGUUAUUAAUAAUAUUUUAUGCACAUAAAUCACUUGAAUGUAUUCACUGUUGGGUACUGAUUCUACCCACCCCAUCCAUGAUGUCCCCGUAGACACCCCCACCACUUCCCCUUGACAUUAACAAUUAAUUAAUUAAUUAAAUUUCUAUCCCACCUAUCUUCCCAGAGGAGCUCAUGGCAGCCAACAGCAAGCACUAAAGCAGUGCAAUUGAAAAUAAAACAUUUAAAAUCAUUAAGAACAUGUGAGAGACAUUGAAAAACAACCACAUAUUCUCACCGCUAAUAAUUUCAUGGCUGCCAAGAAGAGUUGUCUUUCAGCCGUCAAUUGCCUGAGCAAAUAGGAACGCUUUAGAAUUCCUCCUAAAUGUUAAUGAGAGAGACAGACCAGAGAGGGCAUUCUGCAAGCGGGGAACUUUCACCAUGAAGGCUGUAUCAAAGGCCACGUAGGCUGCACCAGUGGUGAUACCCCAACAGGGCGUCCCCUGCUGAUCACAGGUUACUAAAACAGGUUAUGCCCACUUUUGAUCCAUUACAUGACCAGAUUAUACCUGGUAUCACUAACCAGUGGGCAGAAACAUCACUGCCACGCAAAUCAGCCUUUGUUAGACAAAGGGUGCACAGAGUAGUACCAGCCUCCUCUCAAAUGGCAGGAUAACAGGAGCAUGGUCUUUCUGGAGGACUGAGCUCAAAGAUCCCCCCCCCCCACUAUUGAGUGUAAAGGUAUUGUACGUACGUCUCACUGGAGGGCUUGUUUAUUUGUUUGUUGCAUUUAUAUCCCGCUUUCGUUCCUCCAAUGAGCUCAAGGUAGCGCACAUAAGUCUCCCUCUAUCCAUUUAAUUCUCACAACAACCCUUUGAGGUAGGUUAGGCUGAGAGUGAGCGGUUAGGCCCAAUAUCACUCAGGGAGUUUCAUGGCUGAGUGAGGAUUUGAACCCUGGUCUCUCCCAGGCAGGGUUGCCAUGUGUCUUCUUUUUCAUGGGUAGAGUUGUCAUAGCGACCCAUAGUUAAAAGUAGAAGUUGCAAAAUGUGUCCUCUUUUUUGCUCUUCAAAAAUGGGACCCAUUUUUUUUCCUUGUCAUGGUUGUCUGCUAGCCAACAGAAUAAUGAUUCAUUUCUUAAUAGUGCUUAAAAGUGAAUGGAAACUAUUAAUUAAUCCCAGGAAGGAACUCGACUAGCUAAUAGUAAUUAGAAAUCUCCACAGCACACAGGAGGAGUAAUUUCUGAGUCCAGCCAAGAUGGCUUUUCUAUAGCUAACAGAAACAAAUGAUUCAUAGCACCAGAGCUUUCAACAAGCAGCAAAGUCAUGAUCUGAUAAAGUGUCGAAUAUUAUCACACCAUAGUAUGCAUAUGAAUAAUCUCACUUAGGUAAAGGGACCCCUGACCAUUAGGUCCAGUCGUGACUGACUCUGGGGUUGCGGCGCUCAUCUCGCUUUACUGGCCGAGGGAGCAGGCGUACAGCUUCUGGGUCAUGUGGCCAGCAUGACUAAGCCACUUCUGGCGAACCAGAGCAGCGCACAGAAACGCCGUUUACCUUCCCGCCGGAGCGGUACCUAUUUAUCUACUUGCACUUUGACGUGCUUUCGAACUGCUAGGUUGGCAGGAGCAGGGACCGAACAACGGGAGCUCACCCCGUCACGGGGAUUCGAACCGCUGACCUUCUGAUCAGCAAGUCCUAGGCUCUCUGGUUUAACCCACAGUGCCACCCGCGUCCCUCUUACCUGGGAGUAAACUCCAUUGGCUUCAGUAGGACUUACCGUACUCCUGAGUAGUUAGGACUGCACUGCCAAUUUGGGAAUUAAGUAUAUAGUUUGGUGAACAUACUUAUGCCCUGCUAUGACUGUACAUGUUUUAUGUAGGUUCCAACAAUAUGCAACAUCUAAAGCAAGUUGGUUGCUUAAUAGGUUGCUGUUAAAGUAAAAAUUAAUCUGCUAAUUUUCAAGGCACAAGAAAAACCCAUAUAACUUUUUUGUGAGAGAAGUCGGGGGGGAGGGGAAGUGAAAUAAUCCUUUUCAAGGUAAUACCGUAAGUAAUACUGAAAAUAAUAUAAAUAAUACUUGUAUUACUGUCAAGAGAAGAAGAAAUUAAUGCAUACAGAGACAGAACAGGGAAAUUCAUAUAUUCACAUGUACCUAUGGAAGAUUUUUUACAGGUUUCCCGCAAACGUGCAUUUUAUUCCCGUUACCAGGCUUUUUUUCGGGGGGGGGGAUUGUUUUUUCUUAAAAACAUUUCUGGGAUUUUACUGGUUCCUCAUAUCAUAAAUUGUUCAUCUCCCCCACCCAGGCUUCAGUAUGUUAUUAGAUUCUCAGCAAAAAAAAAAACCCAGAGGGAAUCAGAAGCAAGAAGGUGAUGGAGAAGAGCUGAAAAACACAUGAAAUAUAAGCCUUCAGAUCAAAAGCAAAUUGUGGGUGAAUGUACAUGUGUGUGUUAUGUUAUGCAAAUGAGCUGAGUCUUCCCCAUCAACUUCUCGUCAACUUAAGACAUAAUUACUCUUUUUUAGCAUUUUGAAGUCAGAAAACCCUUUCUCUCUCUCUCUCUCUCUCUCUAAAUUUAUAUAUAUUCCAAAUUGAAUAUAGUGCAAUAUGAUUAGAUAUAAAUAAUACAACAUGCCUGAAAUAGUGUCGCCUCUCGGCAUUAAAGCAUGCACGUCAUGGAAAGAAAGGGGGAAAGCUUUUUAUCUAUUUUGGCAUAUUUUGUUUGCUGUGGUUUGUUUUGUUCCUUAGGAAAAUUCAACCUUUGCCAUGGAGGAAAAUGCUCAGAACCUUCCUUUGUUUUGUUUUUGAAGGAAAUUAACAGAGAGAUGAGAGAGAGAGAAAGAGGAAGCUUUUGACUGAAGGGCUGCCAUAAUAACACACUUGAGGGUUGGUUGUCUGAGCACACCAGGCCCUCCUGUCUUGGGAGCAGAACACAGCCUCAGUUGUGAUGUCAAGGGCUUGUCGUGUUGUACACACAAGGGACUGGUUCUGCAUUAGGAAAGAGGAAAACAUUGCAAUGGCCCUUCAGUUUUCUCCAUGUUCUGUAUAUUCUUGUGACUUAUACGGACAAUAUAUUUUUAGCAACAUGGUAGCAUUCUUGUCUUUCUGUCUCUUGUAGCAAUAAAUGUCCACUAGGGCAGAACUGAAAUGAUCACCACUCUCUUCUUAGGCUAUGAAGAGUCUCCACCCCUUUCACCAUUUUGUUUAGGAUGUGAAUUCAGCACCAUAGCUCAGAGCUGUUUUUUCCUUUCUUCCCCCACACAACUCCAAGGAACCAGGCAGAUCUAGCAAUGUGAAAGUGUCCCAAAGCCAAAUCAGAGUGAGGGCCAUGUUCCCUGCCCAAACUUUGACGUUGUUUCAUGCAAAAAAGGAGGGGGAAAAUGGUGCUAAGCAGCACUGCCAUGACUGCCUGGACCACAAACAAGGGCCAAAAAACUAAAUGGAGGGGAGGCACUUGUGAAGCUUAAUACCCCUGAAGUGUCCUUUCAAGACAAAAGAAAUUGCUAUAGAGAUAUUCAACUCCAUCGUAAUAUUUCCUUUUUCAGUUGCUCUGGCAAACUAUUUCCCUGCCCCCUCAAUUUUCAUAGUAUACCCAGAGGUAGCUGCUAAAAUAAGAGAUCUCCCCAGCAAGGAGUUCAAUCAGUGCCCUUAUGAUAAAGACGCAUACAUUUUGUAUGAUAGGAGAACCACUAUAUCAUCGCUAGUGGCAAGGUCCAAUUUUCAUGCCCUGGUUUAGAGUUUAAAACAGUUAACAGAAGUUAAUAACGAAGAGUCUUGUGUCAGCUUAAGUACUAACAAAUUUAUUACGGAAUAAACUUUCAUGGACUAGGGUCCACUUCAACAGAUGCAAAUAUCAUUUCCAGAGGGUCCUUUGCAGCGAACUACAGUCUACUUCAACAGAUGCUCCCUCUGGAAAUGAUAUUUGCUUUAGGGCUUGUCUACACUUCUGCUUGUCCUGUGCCUAGAAAGCCCAGGCCUGAGUGGUUUUCUCAGGGAAAACCCACUCUUUAGCGCUCAGUCGGAGCAAAUGGCAAUUUGGGCUUUCUCCAGCUGUUUGCUUCAACUGAGCACUAAAGAGCAGUUUUCCUCAGGUGAAAGCAAUGGGAAGAGGAAGCAUGGCUAAGCCAUUAGUUUCACAAAAGAAGAUUCUUAUUCUACUCUAUCACAUGGGUGCACAUGCAUUGUCUUAAAAAGAAAAACAAAUAUGAAGCUACCUGCUACCAUUGCCCUAUCGCCGGCAUGGCCCCUUGUAAUUGCAUUAUAGGUAUCAUAGUUAUAUUGUGUGCAGUAUUGCUGUAUUGUUUAUAUAUGUUGCUUCUAGUGUAUUUGGUUUGCACAAUCUCUCUUUCGUAAUUAUUAUUAUUUUUUUAGCACCCAUUCUUUUAAUUGUAAUUUGUUUUAACUGUUGCAUUUUUACACUGCUGUGACCUAUGUUGGGGUCUGGUGAUGAUGAGAGGGUUCAUAAAGCAUCAUCUCUUUUUUACUGUACAGUGGUACCUCAGGUUAAGAACUUAAUUCGUUCUGGAGGUCUGUUCUUAACCUGAAACUGUUCUUAACCUGAGGUACCACUUUAGCUAAUGGGGCCUCCUGCUGCCUCCAUAGCACGAUUUCUGUUCUCAUCCUGAAGCAAAGUUCUUAACCCGAGGUACUAUUUCUGGGUUAGCGGAGUGUGUAACCUGAAGCGUAUGUAACCUGAAGUGUCUGUAACCCGAGGUACCACUGUAUAUCUAAUGCAUGCACAGCCCCCAUUAUCCAUGCAUGGACUCAAGCAAGAGUAACCCAAUUACCUCUUAGGAUGUGUGAGCAGUGCUUGCCACCCUCAGAGUGACCUUUGUUAUUAAGGCUUUAACUGAAAGGCAGUGGUAAACUCAAACCAGGAACUCUGCCAGUAGGGCCCGGGACUUUUAAGGCCAAGCUACAAGUAACUUUAGAUACGUAUUUGCACUUAGUACACCCAGGGUUUGUUUUCUGAAGAUGCAAAUAGCAUCAGCUGGGUGUGGGGCUGAUAACUAAGUGUUGAGUGUUACCCUUUCCUCCCAUGUUGUGUUUCUGAGGAAGCUGGUGAUUGUUUCAGGGGGAAAUCCUCCAUGGUUGGCAAUGCUUCAAACUUUCUGAACCAAAAGGAGAGGCAGAAAUGCUUUUAAUAAGAUGAAUUAAACAUGAUGUGGCGACUGAACUAAAAUGGAAAGCACUCUAGCUGACCCCAAAGGGUCCCAGGAGGCACAGGAGACUGUCACUUUACUGAAGCCAAGCAGACCUCCUGGAAGCCACAUGUAUGGAAAAGGUGAGAUAGAAAUAAAAUAAAUAAAUAAAUAAAUAAAUAAAUAAAUAAAUAAGGGGUGUUGGUGUUGGUCAAGCAAGCCCUGGCUAGAGAAACAGCAAGCGUGAGUCCUUGCUCUCUUUGCUUGCAAGGCCAAUUGCCAUUGCUGCAGAUUUGAGGGGGAGAUAAAUCAGACUCAAUGGCCACUAGUGAAGUUUCCAUUAUGAAGGUGGGAAAAGCAUCCUGGUCUUGGCAAUGCCCUAAAAUGCUUAACUCAGAAAUGAUACACCAGUCCAAUAUGUUGAGCUUAUUAUGGCAACUGUUCCCACGGGCUUACGUUUUAUUUUGCCCUCUUAAUUUACUAAGAAUUUUGAUCAUCUUCACGACAAUCCUGAGAAGUUAAGGGGGGCAAACUGGUUGUGUGCACAUGUCUGCUAAGCACAUGAUUAGCCAUCCAGCUGCGAAGCAGGGGUUGUGGAGUCUCACUUUGAUCAAAAUGAGCAGGCUGGUGUGGGAACCAAAGUCUGCCCUGCCCCUCACAGCUGCUUUGAGCUGUUUUCCCCCAGCCCAGCUUCAAUACCAGAAGGUCUCCUUGAUCAACAUGCAGCUCUAAGUCUAGACAUGUGGCAUUUCACAUGUUUUUGUUGCAGCACAGCAUGUUGGAACAAAAUGAUCUCCUCAUGCUUCACACCAGUACAAAUUUUCAGCACCAUAAACAAGGCUAACCCUACUUGCCAGAGGAUUUCCGUAAAGAUCCUUAGAGCAGCAAUAUUAGUUGAAUAACCAGUCACAUCCAUCAGUUAAAACAUUUUCAUCAGCUAAAAGUGUUCCUCUGAUUAAUCAGUCAGUUUUCAAAAAUGCAUACAGUGUGUAUGUGUGUGCACGUGCACAAAUAACAACAACUGCAGGUGUCACACUUAAGAGAAAAUGCAGUGUGUGUUCUGCUUGUUGUAACAAAUGUGUGCACCAUUGAAUGGAUGGCUACUCAGAAGUAAGUCCUACUGAAUUCAGUGGGGUUUAUGCUCAGGGAAGUGGUCAGGAUUGCAGCCGAAAAGCAUGAUUUGCCCCUUAAAACUAUUGUUUAUCUCAUAUGCAGUUAACCAAGUUUCCUUCAACUGGGUUACAGCCCUAGAGAUAAUGUAGGUCAUACAUGUUUUACACAGAUGCCACAAGGAGACACUGACUAAAUCGUUGAUACAGACAAGGUCUUACUAUUCUUUUGCUGAAAUCUGUAUAGAUGUAAUUAGAACAGGAAAAAGAAGGUGCAGUUACUGCUGUUUGUCAAAUUCAGUUGCCUGCUCUCUCUAAAAAGAGCCCAUCAAUUGACUGGCAGUAACCUCACCCACCUAGGUGAGGUUACAUCUUGAUUGUGCAACCAGAAUAAGUAAAGCCUCUUAGAAGGGCGUCAGACAGCCGUGUGACAUGGUUAACAAUCUGUGGACAUGCAUCAAAACAAGCAUGCUCCGAAUACCAAUUCGCACUACUUGUGGAUCUCUGAGGACUUUUUAUAGGAGCGACACAGAUAUUUAACAAGGGAUGGGUGUGGUCAGUCAUGGGGCAGGCAUCUCUGUGUCCCAACGUGAGGGAGUGAGGUUCUUCAGCAAGGUUCAUCCACAAGGAAGCCUUCUGUUCCUCUUUGUUCUGCACUCUAGCACAAAACUUGAAGUAUCUGCCAAAAAAAAGAGGCAGGUAUUGACAGUGACAGAGGAUGUGCAAACCACACAUCGUAUUUCCAAGCCUCUAGGCAUCAAGCAAAGGACAUGACCCUUGCACAUCACCCUUGAAGAGAAAUGCCCAAGUUCUACCCAUAAUGGGAGUGGAUAUAGAUAUUGGAAGGGCUGAAGCAGAGCAAAUGCAGACCCAUAUGCACUGGGAACAGAAACUGAUUUCGAAUGAGCCUUGAUCCAAUUUAACAAUCAUAACUUCCUCCAAACAAUCUUGAACAUUGUAGUGGUGUUAGGGUGCUGGAAUUCCAUGAAAAUACAGUUCACAGUGUUCCUCAAUAGGAAGUCAGGAUACUUAAUUAGGUUUGAAGUGGGAUGAUGAUGAUGAUGAUUGAUGAUUGAUGAUUAAGCAAGGACAGAGAACACUGGACUGUCAGCCAGCAACGUUCUCCAUGUGGAUGCUACAGGAGGCCAGCUUUCAGAAUUCUGUUUCCAGGCAUCUAGAAAAAAAGAGAGAGGGCUACCCUCCAAACCAGCCUGAAUGAGCUUAGCUGUGCUCUAAAUCCCUGCUGGCGAUCUGGCCUUGACAUCUCAGCCUGGGGGUUCUCCCACUUAGCAUUUGCACAAGUCCAGAUGAAAUCUAAUGACAAACUGAAGUGAAUUAACUAAAAAUGGGGAGGCAAUUCAAUUUGCAUUAUGAAUUUAAGGGAGUGCUUAGGAGGUGUGGACAACACUCCACCAAGGCUUUCCGUGGGUGUCUUAUAGAACUCUUGCUGUGUGUAAACAGACUCACUCCUGCUUAGCCUUAACAAGCAAAACAUUUCAGCACACGAUGAAGUAACAAAAAGAGAGAGAGAGAAUUGUCGAAGAGGAUGGAUGUUUCCACAGCUCAUUCUCUGCAGUCGUGGCUGGGUGGGGGAACUCUUUUCCGUUCCUGCUGAGAAGACAGAGCCAGCGUGUUGCCUGAAGAAUCCAGGAGGUACAGCUUAGAUGCAAACCUGUGUUGUUUUUUUGGCAGACAGAAAAUAUUGCAGCUAGGGAUUGGGAGCCACCUUAAAAGUGGUAGCUAGAGCUGUCAGGCUGAGUGGGGAAGCACUGAGACCAAGAGAGACAGCAGUUGCCAGCAAAGACAAGCUCUAUCCACAACAGCACAGCAAGCAGCCUGGAAGAAGAAAACAGACAUUGCUCCCAAGCACUCCUUGCCCCCUAUGCUUGCCUGCAUUUCCUGACACCCAAGAAGCCAGCCAGCCAGCUAAGCCUCCUGGAUUAUAAGGGCCAAGGCUACAGAUGACAGGCUUGGGCAUUCAAAGCCAUCUGCUCUGUUUAUUUGGUUGUCCUCCUAAGUAAAAGGGAAGAAAAGGAAGGGAGGAAAGGAAAGGAAAGCAAGCUUCUGGCAACUUGAACGGUAAGGCUGAAAAACACUUUAAAAAGCAGAGAAUUGCAGUCAGCCUAUCUGUGCACGUGUGUGUGUGUGUGUGUGUGUGUGUGUGUGUGUGUGCUUGUAGCUGAUGCAUGUUUAUUUCACUGGAGCCCAUGUUGCAGACAAAUAGUGAAGCUCUCGCUGGUGUCUUAGAGUGUGGGGAGUUGGUCUGCAGUAGAACUGAAAGGAGGACGUAGCUUGAAGACUGCAGCAGGAUGUCUGUGAGGUUCGCCUUUAAUUCAGCUGCAGUUUAAUAGUCUGUUGGGUCUAGUGCAAUGUAAAAAGACACUGGGCACUUGAUGCUAUUAACAUACAAACGCGGUGCCUGCUGUCGGAGCUAGUUAGGAAGGAAAUGAGCGUCCGUUAACUGGACUGGAAGGAAAGCUGUUGUGAAAGAAUGAUGGAAGGUGGGUAGAAGAAACAAGAGCAGCCCCCUCCCAGGGGAAACUUUGCUCUCCAGAGAUUAAAUACAGCUUCUGGUUUAGAGAGAUAGGAGAUGUGGGCUUCCUUUCACACACAUUUUUUUCUCACUGGUUUGCUAAGACAUAUAAAAAUGAGAAUCUUCCUUAACCUGCUAGGGUCCUGGAGCUUCACCUGUUCACAUGAAGUUUUGCCACUGCUGUUUUGCAAUGCAAAAGCGGCAUAGUUUCAAGCUGGCUGAAAAUCUGAUCCUGUUUUGUUUACUAAAGCCACAUCUGCAAGGUGGGCUUUUGCAAGUCAUAUUCUAUACAAUCCCAUUAUGGGACAGAAGGAGAGUAGUCAGAUGCAAAAGAGGACAGAGCACUUUUGACAAGCAACUGCCUGCUGAAAUUCCCUCUUCUCCACAGCUAUUAAAGGUGCAGGAGCUGUGGCUCUGUUGUAUCUGGCACUGCCUUACAAAGGAGGUAUUUGUUUAACCAGGAAUGAUACUAUGGUUUCCUACCUACCAACCCCAUUCCAAAUUCCUCUUACAGUCCUAACAAUGUCUGCAACAGAUGAGGGGCAGGUAAACAGGGUACAGUGGAGCACAGAGAUUUGAUAUUUAUCAACAUGCAUUGGGUCUGUACUUGUGUGUAAUCAGAACAUCAUCCAAGGAGCAAUUAACAUGAUGCAUUGUUGUGGUCAAGUUGAUUAGAUCCAAGCUAAAUUUAGCAUGUGGUUAUUAUGUAGUUUCAUCUUGCACCCAGUUUGGCACUUAGACCAAACUGCUGAUUUAAAUCUGCUAAUCGUCAGGUGCUUUGUGGCUAAUGUAUGUUGAACUACAAGUUGAGCAUGUCAGUUAAAUUGUCACAGUAUCAUUUCAUCAUCUGGUAGAGGAUCCACUCAACACAUAGUCCCAUCAGUUCUUGUGAAACUGAAAGUUUUCAUAACUAAGAAUCCACACUUUCAAUAUGGAGCUCAAACCACACAAUCCAUGGCAAAUACUGGCACAUUUUUAUACUUCAGUGAAGGCCAUAGAAUGAGCCCAGCUAAUAUGGCCAUUAAGCACUGUCUGCUCUGACAGACAGCAGUAGACUUUCCUAACCAGGUUACCAUGCUACUCAAAUACCUUCAUAAGCAAACCUCCUGGGAAGUGAACAGGGAGCUUUGUGUAUGCAAACCGUGGGUUGUAGUGCUAACCAAGCCUGCCCUCCCUCCCAUUACUGGAAGCAAAUACAUUCUUAUAGAUUCAGGAACUGCAGUACAGAGCCACAUCAAAAGUGUUCUGGAAUUGUCAUCAACGUUCUUUACUAGGGAUGGCACAACCCAACCUGGGUUUGGAGGUGGCAAGUUUCAAUCUGCCCAGAACCAGCACCUUCAGAAAGCCAAAUGAAUGGUGGUCUAACAUGAUGCUCCCAUCUCCAAGCUGACUGAUAUUUUUACAGGCUAUUUUUAGGCAAACACUGGUGUUGGGCAAUGUGCCAUUUGAAAUUUACAUAUCUAACAAAAUUAACAGAAGCAAAUUACACCUUUUCUUUCUAGGGAGAUGGCAAUCUAUGAUUUUAGUCCAGGAAUUGCGUCAUCCCCACCCACCCUCCGCUGGCUUAAUGGAACUUGGCAAUUAGCAAAACUAAUCAAAAUGGCUCUAUUUCCAAUGUUUGCUAAAAUCUUCAGCAUGUGAAGUAGGUAUCCUAAUUGGCCUCAACUUAGCAGGCAAAUAAAAGCUCUUUUUUGGCCAAAUUUAAACCCUAUUGCUUUCCAUGAGAAAGUUAGGCAUGUAGUUCAAUAUUUCCACUGAAAUUAAUGGGACUUAGUCCAGUUAAUGUUAAGCACGUUUACAUUCCAUUGAUUUUAGUGGAAAAUGUUUAAGCACAUCCUUAACUCUCUCAGGGAAAUCAAUUGGAUUUAAAAAUGCCUAACUCUGAAUUGUCUUUCUGGGGCCAUUUGAGCAGCACCCACUGAUUCUCUGCUGGUAUCUCCUCAGAUGCUUAAAGUGUUUGGGUUCCCUUCCGUAUGCAUUUUAUGAGAAAGAAAUUGAGCAGCCUUAUUCCUCCGAGGGCAUCAACUGAAUGAAGCCUUGGCCAUUAUUAUAAUUUGCAUAGCAUUUUCUGUUGUACAAGUGUACUUUUAAAGUCACUAUCACAUUCACUCCCAUAACAGCCUUUAAGGCGUAGGUCAUCCCCGCAUUAUGAGUGAAGAACUGACUCUGAGGUGCUCUCCUUGACAUAUGGAGCAUUCAUAGCUAAGCAAAGAUUUGAACUUGCUUCCCGCUGGCUUAUGUUGGUGGCUUUUCAGUCACUGGGUCUACAGCUACCUGAUUUCAGACCAACCACAGACAUUCUUCUAUGAGAUGAGAACAGCUAAGCCAUCUGGCUAUUAUGUCCACACAGUGUGAAAAAUUAACUUUGGAAGAUAAUUCAUGAUUUUGCAAAGGAAAAGACCAGAAAAACAAAGCUUUCUUCCUGAAUUGGUCUGUUUAUAAAAUGUUUGCAGCUGCAUCGGUCCCUUAGGAUGGAGGGAGGGGGAAUCAAAACAGUAAAAGCACAGUACCUUUAUUAGUGCCAACCAAAAAAUGACAGAAUAGUCAGCAAGCUUUAUAAGCCUCUUACCUCAGGCUGGAAGUUAUGUUAAAAACAAAGGAGGGGUAUUUGGGGGCAUAGCAGAAAUUCCCAGUGUGGCUGUAGUGUAAUUUCAGAAAUGUAGAAAAUGUGAUUUCCGGAUUAAAAUAGAAACUUUUCUUUCAUGACUCAUGAGAUUGAGAUGGGAUUGAUCCGAUGCUCUUUUUUUACUGGGCCAAGAUCAAUGCUCCUUGAACCCAGAAGGAGCUAGCCGGGGGGGGGGGGGCGUCGUUGCUCCUCUGCCUUCCCAACCCAGCUGUUGCUGCCAGGGAGGUGGAGCAUAAGAGUGGGGAGGUUGGUGUGAUGCAGGUGCAGUGUUAUUGAGAAUCAAAUUGGCUUCGUCACUGCACCAGCACCACACCAGCCUACCCAACACUAUGACACUCCUUCUCUUCCUCUUGGUUUAUGGCAGUGAUCACUGCAGUGGAAAACCAGGUAAGCGGCGCUGCCCCAACCUGCUCCGCCCUGCCAGCCAAUGCUGCCUGGGCUCUGGUCAGAUGAGACCAAUGGCCCAUCUUAAUCUGCAAUGUGGCCUUGGAGCUUCCUGCUUGGUCCUUGUUGCUCCGGGCAGCUUUGAACAGAACUAGGCAAGUGCCUGUGGCCCCUCUGGUUCUCACUUUUCUGCUCUAGAACUUCCCUUCUGUCUGUGCCGGCCACUCCGCCCCGGCGUCCUUAGCCAGCCAGCCAGGCAACCUGCUUCCCUCAGUCCCAGAAUCGAAUGGUCUAGAACAGGGGAUGGAGAUCUGGUGGCUGUCCAGAUAUUGUUGGACUCCAACUCUCAUCAUCCCCAUCUAGAAUCAGUCACUGGUCAGAGAACAUGGGGCUUGUAGUCCAGCAAAAUCUGGAGGGCCCUAGGCAAUCCUGCCCCAGGUUAGAGUUUGACAACUAAUGUGGCCUAAGUCAGGAUGGGCCAAUCUGCCAGGUUGGGUUUUACUCAGUUUCUUAUGUUUCCAAUGUUAAGAUCAGUUCUCCACAUUUCUAUAUAAGUUAGCAAUUUAAAAAAAUAUAUUCUCAUGAAAAUGCACUAGCUUUUCAGUGCAAAUUUAUCCUAAUAUCCAUUUCCAUGCAAUUUUUCCUAAUAUAUACACAUUUCCCACAAGACAAUGUGUUGUUUAAUGUUAUUUUCACAAACAUAUGCAUUUUUAUGGACACUUUACCUCGGUAUACACAUUUUUGUGAGCAUUACUUGACUGGAGAGCUAUACUGCAAAAUUCAAAGAUGUGUGAAUUUUGAAGAGCUGCUGUAGUUUGGUUCUUGUAUUGUGCAGAUUAGGUAGGUUCACCUUUAAAUGCAAAAUGCCCACAAUAAACAUAUUAGUUGUUAGUAGUAUAACCUUAAUGGUUAGAAGUGCAGUCUCUGAAAUACUGAAAAAUGUAGAAUGCAAUUCUAUAUACAUCUGAUCAGAAGUAAGCCUCAUUGAGUCAAACGGGGAUGUGUAUAAGAUUUGAGAUUAAGUUUUGCCUCUUAACAGGAAUGCACUGUCAGACAAACAUCCUUUCUCCUUAUUUGAAGUGCGUCAAUGAGACUACAUUUCUAAUUGCAGGAAAGGGUAUAACAUUUAUUCAGGUUGUUUACUUUUUAUAAGAUAUAUUCAGUUUUGUACCUCCAAAUCAUAUGUCUCUUUCGUACUAACUGCCUCUGACAAUAAAAUCCCAUGUACGUAAAUGUCUACUCAGAAGUAAGCCCCAAUGAGUUCACAGGGACUUACUCCCAGGUAAGUGUGCAUAAUUUAUCUCUAAGUUAUAUUAUUGGGUAAUAAUAAUAAUAAUAAUAAUAAUAAUAAUAAUUAAAAAGGCAACUAGUGAAAUGCUAACAUUUGUGCUUUACUUUGAUGAUAAAGGAUCGCCGUGUUGGUCAAUAUCUGUUUUAGUUUAAACCUGUGUGCUCAAGAGGGAGAGCCGUGGUUUGAAGGUGGAACAGGGGAGGGGAGGGCAAGGGGCCCAUGAAUAUCCUGUUCCCAAGGACCCCCACAAACCUGGAGCUAACCCUGAUUAUGAAUAGACCAUCUCCUCCAGGAAUUUGUAUACAGUAACUCUUUUUUUAAAAGCCACCUAAUCUAUUGGCCAUCAACAUAUCCUACAACAGUGAAUUCAAUAAAUUAUGUGUUUUUCCUUUCCUGGUGCAUUUCAAAUAUAUCCAAGGGUGUGAUAAUAGAAUACAAAUAAUUUGCAGGGGAAGAACUGAGAGAUCUUGCUAUUACAUUCUCCUACACAAAGCAGUGUGUGAGCCUGGCUGGGAUUUGUAUCUAUCAGCUAUCCAUUAUUCCAUGCCAUUUUUCUUCAUACUGGCUGAGAACAGCAAACCUGACACUCUCCUAUUUGGAAUACUGCAAACAACUCCAAGUCUGAGGGCAGCAGACAUUCCAAUAUCAAGGAGAGAUAGAUAUUCCUUUUAACAGAACGUGAUCGAGCUCUUGAGCAAAGCCGCAACAAAUUCCAUCCCCCAAAGUGGAUUAAUGAGUGCUAUUCUGCAGGUUGCCUUCCCCAACUUGGUGCCCUCUAGAUGUUUAGGAGUAAAACUCCCAUCAACACCAGGCAACAUGGCCCUGGGAGUCAUAGCCCAGAAUGUCUGAAGAGCUCUAGGUUAGGGGAAGGCAGAACUUGAGUGAGAAGGUAUGAGAAGAUGACAGGUAUGAAUACUGAUGGAUGCAGAUGGGAGAAUUGUGAUGAGCAGAUGCCUUCAGAGGAUGAAAAGUGAAAUCGUUCCAAUGGACUUUUUGCAUCAAUCAUUGGUUCUGCUAUCCAAGAAAUUUCCUCUUCCAUCAAAAAGUAUAAGCUGGAAACAUCCAGUGAUUAAAGCAAAAGCAAUAGAUUCUGCAAAUGUAUUGUUUGGCUCUGUAGUAACAAACUGCUUGCAACCUUUUUCUUCUCCCCCCCCCCCCUUUUAUUUUAUUUUAUUUAUUUUUCACAAUCAAACAUUAUCUUCGCAUGCCUUAAUAAACAAAUGCAAUUAACAUUUUAAAAAAUAAAAAUAAAACAUUUUCAUAUCAUAUCAAAUCCAUAUUUCGGGAUUCCUCCGAUCCCUUGACUUCCCUCCAUUCCCUCCCCCGGUUCUUUUGUGUUUUCUUUUGUGUACAUGUCUAUAAUUUUCUUAUCUUUAAAUAUUUCCAAUUUCAAACCUUGUCAUUAAUAUUACAAGUGUUUUUUAAAAACCCUGCUAUUGUAUUAACUUCUUUACAGUGCUUUUGUAAAUAUGCAAUAAACAUUUCCCAUUCUUUUUUAUAUUUGUUGUCCUCUUCAUUUCUUAGCCUUCCAGUUAAUUUAGCCAUUUCAGCAUAUUCCAUUAGUUUACGUUGCCAAUCUUCUUUAGUUGGGACUAGUUCUUCUUUCCAGCAUUGGGCUAUCAAUGUCCGUGCGGCUGUUGUUGCAUACAUAAAUUUUUAUAUUCUUUCAGUAUAUCCGUUCCAAUUAAGAAAGCUUCCGGUUUUUUAACAAAGGUUAUUUAAACAUUUUUUUUCAAUUCAUUAUAGAUCAUUCCCAAAAGCUUUUUAUAACUUUACAUUGCCACCACAUAUGGUAAAAUGUACCUUCUGCCUCUUUACAUUUCCAACACUUAUUAUCUUUUGUUUUGUACAUUUUUGAUAGUUUAACCAGUGUUAAAUACCAUCUAUACAUCAUUUUCAUAGAGUUCUCCUUAAGUGCCGUACAUGCCGUGAAUUUUAUAUCAUUUCUCCAUAAUCUUUCCCAGUCUGCCAUCUGUAUAUUAUGUCCCACAUCUUUUGCCCAUUUUAUCAUUACACAUUUGACCUCUUCAUCCUUUGUCUCCCAUUCCAACAAUAUAUUAUACAUUUUUGAUGAUAAUUUACAAUCACUUUCUAUUAUUUCUCUCCGGAAUUUUGAGAUUUCAUAUGCAAAUAAUAAUAAUAAUAAAAUGCUUGCAACAUUUUUCAUAGACCUAAUAGAAAGAAUGAAUUCAGAGAACUCUUAACUUGCACUGUGGAAGGCCUUGCACAAUCAUUUGAUAGUGCCCUGUGCUACUCUGGCAAAUCUGAUCCAAUUGUCCCUUUUUGAUUUUCUUCUGCCCAGAUACCUUUUGAGAAAACAGUGUAGUAAUAUUUGAUAGCAUGCAUGUUGACAAAGAACUACAUGAUGUUCCUUCAAUAUUUGGUGAGAUUGCAAAUACAUCCCCCCCCCCAAACAUUCCUGAUCUUGUACCAAAUGUACCUACAAGACUUUGUCACAGAUUCCUAUCCUACAAUUAGUAUAAAGAAUGUGUAACAGUACUGAGCAGCUGGUGGAUCCCAUUUUAUUUGUUUUUGCAGUUUUCCCAAUUUUGUUAGACAUAGCAGUUUUCUGAUAGGAAGAAAGAGAGAUUACAGGCCCCUUCAUUCAUUAAUCUCAUGAAGGGGAUUCAUAUGAUUACAGGAAAAGUGGGGCCACCUGCUCCCUGGCAUUGACUCCCUGCUGCCCCCAUAUCUAAGAGUUGCGCGUGGAUGUCAGAGAAGGGGAAACCUAUGGCUGUAGAGGUCUACAUCUGAGAAAAGGUCUAUGCUCUCCUUAGUUAGCUAUUCUCAGUUUGUUGAUGUUCGGGGAAUGGACUUUGGAGCUGUACAGCCUUGGGGGGCAGGACCAGUGAUGGGGGAUCACUGCUCCUUUAAUCCCUGGAAAGAGACUUACGCAGAAGGAUGAAGGCUUGCAUGUUGUGGGCAAAAGACAUCACUCUCAUUGCACAUUGAAAGUCACAACCAUGUUACAUGUCAAUAUUCAGGGUAGUCAGAACUAAUUUGUAGCCAUGAUGAAUAUGACUGCGUUGGGAUAUAAGAGCAGAGGGGGCUUUCACAGUAAAGACAAAGAAUUUGUGCACUGGAUUGGAAGCCAAUGUGGGUAUUUAAGGAGAGAUCUGAUGUGAUCAAAGCAACAUGAGGACACGAGCGAUUUGGACUGCUAAGUUCUAUUUUGACAGAGGUGAGUGGGCCAAGAGAAGAGCAGGCUGCAGUCGUCAAAGCAAAGGUGUGGAGCAGAGUUUUUGUUGAGCCAGUGGAGGGGCAAAGAGCCAUAUUUUUGCAGUGUUGUAAAAGGAGAAGCAGCAUGACUAUACUUUUACUUAUUAUACAUCUUGUUAUCAAAACAUGCUCAUAUUAAAUUUCUCUUUGUGUUGUUGUUCAAUUUCCAGUCUCACCUUGGGAUCAAAGUCAAGCUGGACCUUUCUGAUUCUGCUAUUGGCACACAGAUCCUGCGACUGGGUAUGUGGAUUUUUAUUUUGCCUUUUAAAACUUGCUGCUGUAACAACUACCCUCUUUUUCCUGGGUUAGAUAUAUCAGAGAUCACCAUGAGCACCUGAGGUGCUUUCUGAAAAGGAAGAUAGGGCUCUGUAAAUUUCUCUCAUUUAUUUGUUUCCUGCCUUUCUUCAGUGAGUCUGAGGCAACACGGGUGGUCCUCCCCCUUUCAUCCUCACAAGAAGUUUGUAAUAUGAGUUCUAUAAUAAUAUUUUAUUAUAGAAUCACUGGAGACACGGUGCUUGGUCCCCUCCACACACACACACAUCAGUGAUGGCUGGCACCCAUCAAGGUUGGUGAGGCAGAGGCCAGGGAGCCCAAAUAGUAGCCAACUCAUUCUAGUUGUCCCCUUCCUCCUCCCUGCCAAGUUCUAUAAAGGUAGCACGAUAAGGGUAGCACUGAGAACAAGGCAGAGGAAGCUGACAGCCGCCCCUCUGUACUGGUCAUAAGUAAGUAAGUAAGUAAGUAAGUAAGUAGGCAAGCAGGUGGAGCCUGGGUGAGGGCAGGCUGAGGCUGGCAGGGCAAUGCUCCACUUUUCCAAAUGGACCAGCCUUCACUCUUCUGGUAGAGCAUGAGUCUUUUAAUCUCAGGGUGCAUUUGAGCUGCACAUUGGGCAAAAGAUUCCUGCAAUGCAGGAGGUUGGACUAGAGGACCCUCGUGGUCCCUUCCAACUCUGCAGUUCUAAACCACGGAGCCUAGGGCUUGCCGAUCAGAAGGUCAGCGGUUUGAAUCCCCGCAACGGAGUGAGCUCCCGUUCUUCGGUCCCUGCUCCUGCCAACCUAGCAGUUUGAAAGCAUGUCAAAGUGCAAGUAGAUAAAUAGGUACCGCUCCGGCGGGAAGGUAAACGGCGUUUCCGUGUGCUGCUCUGGUUCUCCAGAAGCGGCUCAGUCAUGCUGGCCACAUGACCCAGAAGCUGUACGCCAGCUCCCUUGGCCAAUAAAGCGAGAUGAGUGCCGCAACCCCAGAGUCAUCCGCGACUGGACCUAAUGGUCAGGGGUCCCUUUACCUUUACCUAUGUUCCAUGUACACCACACGCAAUCUAGAUUAUUUGCAUAUUUUCACCCAUGAAAAGUGCUUCCCGAGAAACUGGUUUCAUUCCAAAUAGAAUAGCUCAUUGCAAAAAGAGUCUGCAUUAUCUCCUUUUGAAAACAGAUGUAGACUGUCCUGGCAAUACCAGAUGUAUCCACACCUGCCCAGUGACAUUGUAGGUGGGUGUAUACCAAGAAUGCAGUCAUUAUGGUACUUCCUUCCUACAUCAGGAGCAUGCUCAGGAAGGAAAAGGUGCGGAUAACCUAAACAAGAGGAGGGUUUCCAAAUAUGUAUCACGUAACCACCCGCCCUUGUGAAUGUCAAGAUCUAGAAUCAAUCUAGCUUAAAAGCAGGGGAUGAGCAUGAACAAUCAUGGAGGAAAACUACAGGUUGGUGUGUAUGUAGCCUGAUUUCAAAACUCUAACCACUAUGGGAGAUUGGCUCUGGUUUAUGCAAGAGUAUCCUGUUUAGAUAGAUAACUGGUUCAGGGUGAAGCUACUCUAACACCACCAGAAUGCAACUAAGACAAUUCCCAGUCAAAAGCAGCAUGAACAGGAAAAAUUGUGUGGGGUGGGGUCUUGUUAUUCCAGCAUAUGGAGCAGCACAUUCUCUUUCUAAUUUGUCCAUAUUAGCUUCCCAAUUCACUGUGUAUUAUCAAUCACAGUGUGAAGGACUGUUGUGCUAGGAGUGGAUGGGAAAUCAAGGGGAAUGCUCCAUUGCUGCACUGUUAAUUAGAAAUGACAACAACUCCUUGCCUCACUGUAGAGAUGAAGGUCUAAGAAAACAGCUACAGUCGCUACCAUCUUCCUUCAUAGGAAAAGGACUACAUUUAGGAAUAGCUGGCAAUCUAAUGAACCUGGUGGGUUUUUUCCUCCAUCAAAGGCAGUUUUCUUGCACUUCAGACUAAAUCAAAGAUUUACAAUGUGUCAUACAAGAAAGAUAGCUCUUUCCUCCCCGCAGUCAAAAAAUGUCUGGAAGCAAAAGUCUUGCACAGGUGUUUUUUUACCCUUUCCACAAUUCUAGAGGCUGGUUUUGAUUUAAAAACAAAGAAACAAAAAACCCCCCAACAAGAUACAACCAGCCAGUUGUAACAUGUAGCUUGGUCAUUUUAGCAGCAGCUGUGUGAACAGCUGAAACAAGUUAGAUGCAUUUAGUUCUUCAGCAUUUGCAAGUCAAGGUGGGGCUGGGAUUUAAUUCAAUCUGCUGCUUAAUCCAUUUAUACUAAUCUGUAGCAGGCUUUGUGCAGAUGACCCUGUAAGCACAUAGGCUGAGUGAAAGAAACCGAGGGUUUAUCUAGUCUCAAAAAGAAAGAAACGGACAAGGAUCUCCAUGGCAGGAAGAUGAAGUGAGUGUACUUAUCCUAGUAUUUGUAUCCCCCUUGAUCCAGCAGCAGUAAUUCAUGGUGCUCCUUCUUUGCACUGAAUUUUGCUUUUAUUUGCUGAACAUGUUGCAGAAUACAAUUGAAAAAAAACCCACAACCCCACACAAUCUGUCUGGAGGGCCUUACAUAAAUACAAAGAACUGUUUUUUUUAAAAUAUCAAACUCUUUGCCUUUACUUUUCCAGAAUGCAUAUUGUGUGCUGGCAUUUGAUUCUCAUUGGGGUGGAUGGUUCCAAAAGGAUAAAUCUAUGUUUAAAUCUCCCUUUGAUUUAAUGAUAUACUAAUGGUUCUGAAGGUGUGGGGGCUGGGAGCUGUGUCAUUCUGGGUGAUAAACAGUAAUAUGAAUGAAUGGCAGAAAUCGGAAGGAGAAGCUGCUAGUUAAAUGUGCGCUUUCUCCUCCGAGCGCUGGUGGUAUUGACAUCAGUAAUCACAAAAUGCUUUCAAAUAAAAUUAUCCUGCAAUUGCCUGGGAUACUUCAUGCAGGAAUUGAUUGGGCAAUCCUAAAUUUAGUUAAGAGGGAAAGCCCAGACUCCAGCUUCACACCUUCCUCUCUGACGUCAAAGCCUGAACACUGACUGUUCUCGGGGCAGCUACAGAUACAAUUUUUGAAAGGGACCCGGUUUGUCUCUGUGUGCAAAGAGCAGGGCUGCUGGAGGCCCUCUUCACUUUGAUACGGCCAGCAAAAAGAAUGUCAGGUGUAAGUGGGGUCCUAAACACCAAAGUCUCCAGCCUUAGCUCUUCCAAAUUUGUGUCCCUCUGGAGAACAAAAGGUUUAUCUUGGAAGCCCUGGGAAAGCUGUGGAUUUCUUUGAGAGCUGCUCAUCAGCUCCCUUUCCCUGACACUGAGAGAAUACUAGAGCUAUAUUUGGAGAAUAUAGAUGCCUUUGCUUCUCAUUUACUGUGCACAGUCCACACACCUGCCAUCAAGAUUGUUCUUUUGUGUCAGUGGAGAAUCCAGGAUCUGUGAAUUUUCUUUGUUUCUGUGUAUGAUGUGAUGGAGGAGAUUGGGGGCCCUGGCAGAGGGAUUCUCCAUUUCAGCAGGGAGACGUAAGAGUGGAGUGCAGCAGGAAUUGGUCUCGAGGAGCUUAGCUAGAGUGUAGCAGCUCUGCUCACUCCUUUCAGCAACAGAGCAUGGAGCAAUAUGAUGGCUCUCUGGGCUGACGGAAGGGCAUUGAGUCUUUAGGUAGACCUAGUAGAGCCAACCCUUCCCUCCCCUGGAGUGAUUCUUGUAGUUGUCUUGGGUAUAUCUAGCUGAUAGUAAAGCUCAUUCCAGAACUGUUUUCGUGUCAAGGUAGUUUGAGUCUGCAGGGACAUAUUGCAGCUGCUGCAAAGUGUAGAUAGGAAAGAACAAGGAAGUUAGGGUAGAAACAAUUGUGUUUGAUGGAAGCAUGGCAGAUGUUACUGUGGACCAGCAUGAGUGCAUUUGCACCAACCAAUACUUUCACUGGCACCCAUAGGGUCUUCUUCCCCCACCCCUGGCAUGAAAUUAGUCUUUAAAGAAAGAGUCUGUUGUAGCCAAUAUAAUAGAUUUUGGUGUGUGCUUGGUUGUGAUGUCUGCAAUAGUGUCUAUAGUUUGCAGAUGUGCUCCUGGGCCCUGAUCUUGGCCAUUUCUGCUGGUAACUCAUUUCCUGUACCAACUGCAGAGGUGUUGUACCAGUAUUUGGAUCAUCUGUUCUGUUUGCCCAUUUAUGCGGAGACGAUAGAUGGAAGAGAGUCGGCCCUUGAUUUGUAGCAGUGUCAACAGGGCUUGCCAGAACCAUAAUAGGGACCGUGUGCGUUCAUCUGUGAUAACAUGAUUGAGUGCCCAGUGGAGUCAAAAGAGGAGGUGAGCUAUUUUGCUAGCCAGAGGCACUGGAUUAGCAGGGACAAAAUGAAUUGCAAUCAUGUCUUGGAGGUGGUGAACACAAUGGAGUUUGCUGUGGUGGUUGCUCAGGGACAGGUUGGCAUUGGUGAUGGAAACAAACCAAGAUACCACAAAACUCUGUGUUAAGUCUGCUGUGGCAAAAUCAGCAUAAUUCCUCCUCUGAAAGGUCUCUGUGAGAGACUCUUGAUGUUUGUGCAGGAGUUGUACCAGGAUAGACACUUCCAAAUGGUGAGUAGAAAGUAGGGCACCAGGGAAAGAGAACUUAUCAGUUCAAUGGUUUUUUAAUCCCAACAUUUGUUGGUUUGUUUAUUAAAUUUAUAUACCAACCUUAAUCCAAAGACCACAAGGCAGUUUACAGUAUCUCCUGCAAAGGAGGAGUAAUGCCACAGAUACAGCACCUUAAGUUGCAGCAGAUCACCUUAGGUAUAGAACUGAUAGGUAAUAGAAAAGACUUUCAGUAGGUGAUAUUGACAGGGGAAGACAGAAUCAUCAAAGGAUGUCAGAGUUCAUCUGUUUCUUGCUUAACCUUAUUCAGUUUUAUUUCUGCCAACCUAGCAAUUUGAAAGCACACUAGUGCAAGUAGAUAAAUAGGUACCACUGUGGCGGGAAGGUAAGUGGCAUUUCUGUGCGCUCUGGCACUUGUCACGGUGUCCUGUUGCGCCAGAAGCGGUUUAGUCAUGCUGGCCACAUGAUGCAGAAAACUGUCUGUGGACAAACGCCGGCUCCCCCGGCCUGAAGCGAGGUGAGUGCCUCACCCCAUACCCACCUUUGACUGGACUUAACUGUCCAGGAGUCCUUUACCUUUACCUUUAUUUCUUUUAUCAAGGGAACCUAGAACCCAGGGGCUGAAUGCAGCCCUCCAUGCCUCUCUAUUUGGCCCUCAGGGCACUCCCCCAGCCACACCCUUCACUGGCCCUGCUUGCCCCCUCCCCCAAGUGUUUUUGCCUGCCUGGAAUGUGCCCUUUAAUAAUUAUUCUUGUCUAGAUGGAGGAUACAGAGAAUGUGGGUGUAUAAACUGGACUACUGGACAAAGGUAGUGUUUACAUUUGUUUCUCCACCCACUUUUGCCCCUGGCCCAACCUACCACUGGUAGGUCUGUCCUGUCCCUCCCCUCUCAAAGAAAGAUUUCCCAGAAAGGAAUGUAACCCUUAAGCUGGAAAAGCUUCCCCACCCCUGUUUUAAAUCUUUGGAGACUGCAGACUGCCUUCUUGCUGAAAUGAAAAAUGAAUUCCAACACAGCAAGGUUACCCCCUCCACCUCUCAUGUGUAGACAAGAGAUAGAAUAACUGGUACUGGGAAAGGAUUUUGGAGCAUCGUGCAAAAUUCAGCUGAUGUGCAUUAUGGCUGACCGGGCUGAAAGAUUUACAGCAGAGUUGCAUGAACUCCCCUUGAUUCCCUCCUCCACAGCCGGGGCCAUUGCAACACUCUUGUUAUUUGGAAGGAACUAGAGCAGGCAGGGAGCUGCUUGCUUCCUGCUGGGAUCCCACAACCCUUUCUCUUGGUGAGGAAAAUCCCUGCUAUGUACAUGCUGCCAUCCUGCAUAAUCGUGACCAGGCUGAGAAACUGAAUCUAUAAUCAAAACAUUUCCAAAAUAGCCUAGCCUCGGGGGAUUUCCCACUGGUUGCCUGCUCAUCUGCUGUACCCAGAAAGGCUGCCUUCCAUGUUACGUCACGGGUGCCUGAGAAGAAUGCUGGCAGCAAAGAGUCGGCUUAUCAAGAGGAAAUGCUUUCUGGUAGUCUAUGGUCUUGAGCACCAGAGCUUCUGUUUCUGGUCUAUGUCAAAAACAUUAUGCUUUGUGGCUCAGCCAGCCAUCAGCGAAACACUAAGAGAACAGCCUGUGAUCAUAAGUGCUCUGGGCAGAAGGAAUACUGUAAUAAAUAUAGGGGUUGCUCGUGCGUAAGUUGCCGCCACUCCUGGCUAGGUUGCCUUGUUAAACCUUUUCUGUCUGGACAGCCCUUCACUUUGUGGCUGUUUCAGUUGCUAGCAGAAUCCGUCAGGGUCUCCCCCGGUACAUACAGCACCCCCUUAUAGUACAGCACCCCUUCCUUUUCUUCAAACCCCCCAUGGUUUUCUCUUUCUUCUCGGAGUUCCCGGAUUUUAGUUUGAGUGAACACGUUGUUUCUAGUAAGCCCAGCCGGUUCUCGUUUCCCAACCAAGGCUCCCCCACACACCCAUCGGUCCUCGGGGAUCACGUGUCGUAUCUCCGGCGGUCCCUCUCCUUCCAUGUACUCCGGCUUCCGGGAGAGAGCAUCUGCUCUUACGUUUUCCUCUCCUGGCACGUAUCGGAUCUCGAAGGAAAACUUGGAGAACUCCUGUGCCCAUCGAAUCUGUCUCUGGUUGAGUACUCGUGCGGUCCUCCAGUAUUCCAAGUUCUUGUGAUCAGUACAAACCUGGAUCUUGUGCUGCGCCCCAUUAGCAGAUGUCUCCAUCGGCGAAACGCCUCAUAGAUCGCAAGCAGUUCGCGGUCAUACACCGUAUAGUUUUGCUCCGACUUGCUCAGCUUCCUCGAGAAAAAGGCACACGGCUUCCAUUCCUGCUUGCUCCUCCCUGGCUGCAAAAGAACCGCCCCAAUGGCUCUGUCAGACGCGUCGGUCUCUAGCCUCAUGGGUUUCUCCAGAUCAACGUGCAGGAGCUGCUCUUCCAAAGCGAACGCCUUCUUCAGUCUUUCAAAGGAUUGCUGGGCACUUUCUGUCCAGACGAACUUCUUUUUGCUACUGAGACAAUCUGUGAUGGGCGCUGUCAAGUGGGCGAAGUUCUUGAUGAACUUCCUGUAGAAGUUGCUGAACCCUAGGAACCUCUGCACGUCCUUCCGGGUUUUGGGGGCCUUCCAUUCCAGCACCGCCUGCACCUUGCUUGGGUCCAUAGCUAGGCCUUUGUCUGACAACUUGUACCCCAGAAACUCGACUUCUCUGGCGUGAAACUGACAUUUUUCCAGCUUGACCCACAACUGGUGCUUCUGCAGUCUCUUUAGCACUUCCCUGACGUCUCUGACAUGUUGCUUCUCAUUGUCCGAAUAGAUUAAGACGUCGUCCAAGAAGGCUACGCAGUUCUUGUACAGCAGGGACCCCAACACGUGGUGCAUGAAAGCUUGAAAACAGGCGGAGCCCGACUGUAAUCCAAAUGGCAUAACUAAGUACUCAAAGGCCCCCAGGGGUGUGAACAUUGUGGUCUUCCAUUCGUCCCCCUCCCUCAUCCUAAUCAAAUUGUAUGCUCCCCUGAGGUCCAGCUUGGUAAAAAUUUUCCCCUGCCUCACCCGUGUUAAAAUGUCGUCAAUCCUGGGCAUUGGGAAGGUCACGGGUUCUGACACCAGGUUGACGGCCCGGUAGUCCACAACGAGCCUGGGUUGAUUAGUAUCUUUUUUGUCCACAAAGAACACCGGACUGCCCCCCCACCGCCUUUGAUUCUCUUAUGAAACCUCUUUUCAGGUUCUUGUCAAUAAAUUCCCGCAACUCCUUCAUCUCCCUGUCCGACAUGGCAUACAGUUUACCCACCGGCAGCUGCACCCCUGGGAGCAAGUUGAUUUGGCAGUCAAAGGGCCUAUGGGGGGGUAGUCUAUCCGCCUCCUUCUCGCUGAAGACCUCCUGCAGGUCAGCAUAUUGUGGUGGCACCUCCCCUUUCGGCUCCACAGCUAUCCCAGCCACCCUGGCCACGGUCAUCCUUGGGGUUUCCCCCCCAGACAGUGUUCCAAGCAGUAAGCUGACCCAAAGGUGACCGUCCGCUGAUGCCAUGCCACUACUGGAUCAUGUAGUGCCAGCCAGCUCAUCCCUAAUAUUAUUGGGGGUCCUGCCAGUGUGGCUACGUGAAAGGCAAUGGUCUCCGUGUGCCUGGAAACCCUCAUUCUCAUUGGUGGGGUCUGGUGCAUCACUUCCCCUCCCAGAAGCUCCCUGCCAUCAAUGGUGGUCACUUGCAAGGGAAAAUCCAGGGGCAGCAGGUGGAGCUGGUGCUCUAGGGCGAAUUCCUUGCUGAAGAAAUUGCAGGAACUGCCUGAAUCCAACAGCCCCUUCACCUUGACUGGGUGCCCAUUCGGGAGUUCUAGCACCACAUCUAUGGCUAUAGCCGCCCUGGGGGGGUCUGGCUGGGGCACUUCUAUUGAUUGCUGGUCUGGCUGCUGUGCCCGCUGAGUGGCAGCCAAGCGCUGGCGUUUCCCUGCUCCUGCCCCCUUUCCCCCUCCUCCUCACCUCCAGCAGCUCCCACCAUCCCUUGCCAGGCCUUUCUUUGAGGGCAGACCCUGGCAAAAUGUCCUGGCCGCUGGCAGAGGAAACACUUCUUGGUGGUUUUCCAAUCCUUUCCCUCCCUCUUGCGACCUUCACUGGAGUUUGAAACCUCCCGCGCGCGCGCCAUCUAUUUCCAUUGGCUCCGCCGGCGGGGAAGGCUGCCUCGGUAUUUCAGGAAUGCGGUAGUCAUGGCAACGUUCCCCUCUCCCUUCGCGCUUCUCCUGAGCCCGCGCUUCCUGUCUUACGCCAAUCGCAAGCACAGCCUUGGUCAGCUGAUCCAUCGACUGCGGGCGUGGCGCGCGGGAAAGCUCGUCCUUCACCGUUGGGGACAACCCCUCCUCAAACAACAUCUGAAUGGGUUCAGAGUCCAAUUCCCACCCGAGUCGGUGGACUAACAUUGCAAAGCGUGACCAGUAGUCUCUAACUGACUGGUUCCCCUGUUUGCACCCCAUCAGUUCCCGCCGAGUCACACUUUGCUGCACAUCACUGGAAUACAUCGCAUCCAUCGCCUGGAAGAAUUUCCUCAGGUCUUUCAAGGCGGCAUUUUGCGUUGCCAUUAGGGGCCUGAUCCAUUCCCUGGCCCCAUCCUGCAGAUGCCCGACAAUAUAGGCCACCCUCUCCCCAUCGUCCGCAAAAUCCUUAUGCUGCAGUUCCAAAGCGUACUCUAUUUCCGUUCGGAACGCGUUGUAGUCCUGGGGCUUCCCCCCAAACUUGUGUACCAGUCCCGGUACCUUCCUUGCUACGGGGGUGGGUCUGACCUGUGCAUCGUGAGCCCGCCUUUCUUCCAACCGCGCCGUCAGAAGAGCCACAUGCUGUUCCAAAUCUCGGUUCCUCUCCACCAGAUUUUGCACUCCAGCUGCUCCCUCCGUGGCGCCGGCUUCUCCGGUUUGGCUCAUUAUGCUGCCUGCCUGUCGCUGCGCACAAGCAACGUCAGUGACUGACGGAUUGCUGUAAUAAAUAUAGGGGUUGCUCGUGCGUAAGUUGCCGCCACUCCUGGCUAGGUUGCCUUGUUAAACCUUUUCUGUCUGGACAGCCCUUCACUUCGUGGCUGUUUCAGUCGCUAGCAGAAUCCGUCAGUGGGCGUUUCUUAAACCUUUUCCAGCAUAAAAGCUGUUUGACGCCAAGUCUCCUCCUACUCUCCCUGCGCGGAAGUCUUCUGCGCAGGGAGGGUGUGGGUAGCGGAGGACCCGUGCUCUCCCCGCUGGUCUCCGGCGAGGAGUCCUGGAGCCCCUCGCCGAUUCCCCAUCUGCCCCCCUUUAUCCCUGGUGUUACGCUGAUUUCCUUCCCCAGCUGAUGAGCUGCCUCUCUCCCUGCUGAGCCCUUCUCCAGCAUCGCUUGGGAGCCUUGCCUCCGCCUCUGGCUCCAAUGUCAGUUCCCUGACAAAUACUAAUAAAAAAACCCCAACCAGCUCCACCAAGCUAAGCUACCAGAAGCAGCACAAGAGAACUGCAAGGCUACAUUUGGGUGUAAUGCUGAGCCAGAGUUUGAUCAAACCACAGUUUGUCCAAUGAGCAAGGAUUGUUCUUGUAGAUGUCCAAAUAAAUUAUAGCUUGUUUCACCUGAUGUCUCCCCCUCCCCAAAUGCCCAGCUGCUAUAUCAAUGCCCUCUGUCACUGAUUCACUUCUGCAGAAGCAAAAUGGAAAACUCAAGUGUGCUGCUUCUCUGGCCACAACUCUGAGCAAAAGGCUCUGUUCCCCCAAUCCUGGGUACUCCUCGUGAAGGCCCACAACACACACAAAAUCUUCAUGAACAAAAGUGACUGAGCAGGCCCACUCACCUGGCAGAUUUGGAGAAAAAACAAUCUGAUCUGCCAACCCAAAAAAAUUCUGGACCCCUGAUGUGCAGUGUUUAAGGAAGUACUUCCUUUUCUCUUCCACCCUAUUGCUUGCAGUUCAAGGCUCUUCUUGCUUUUUUAAUUCUCUUUUAUGUAAGCUGAGAAAGUUUCUUUACUUCCACAUUAAAUUUAGAUUUUUUAUCUUCAAAUCCUAAUUUCUUUUUAUCUUCUUUUAACAGGUCAUUUACCUGGUGGUAUUGCAGCCACCCAGUAAAUGAGUUUUUAAUCUCUUCAUGCGGUCUAAGUUUUAUAUCUUGAUCCGUUUUCCUUGUAAGUUCUUCAUAAGUGGCAUUCUUCCCUUCCAUAUUAACUUUUUUGACCGUUAAGACCUCUAUUGGUGAAAUCCACCAGGGUGUCUUCCUUUCCAAUAAAUUUUUAUUUCUUUCCCAUACUUGGAAUAUUGGCCCUCUAAAAAUAUGAUUUAGAAAGCCUCUAUGUACUUUCACCUUUUCAUACCACAGGUACGAGUGCCACCCGUACCUGUUAUCGAAGCCUUCCAAAUCCAAGAUGUCUCUAUUUUCUAGCCUUAUCCAGUCUUUCAACCACAUUAGACACGCCGCCUCAUAGUAUAAGCAUAAAUCCGGAAACCCCCUCUUUCUUUUCUAUCUACCAAUAUUUUCAUUUUUAUUCGUGGUCUUUUUCCCUGCCAGAUGUAUGUUCUUUCCUUGUUGAAGGAAAGAACAAAAUACUGUCUAGAAUAUACAAUAUUUUAUUGGAGUGGUACACAAAAGACGAGGAGGUGAAGGAGGUUAUGACUAAGUGGGCAAUAGACAUUGGCUAUAACAUUGAUUUCGAGAGGUGGCUAGAAUUAUGGAAUAUUAACAUGAAGUUCACGGCAUGUACGGCAUUAAGGGAAAAUAUGUGGAAAAUGAUAUAUAGGUGGUACCAUACGCCAGUAAAACUGGCUAAGAUUUAUAGGUUAAAGAAUAAAAGAUGUUGGAAAUGUGGAGAGGUAGACGGUGACUUCUACCAUAUGUGGUGGUUAUGCAGCAAAGUGAAAGGUUUUUGGGAAUCGAUCUACAAUGAGCUUAAAAAAAUUUUUAAAUACACGUUUCCCAAAAAACUCGAAGCUUUUCUGCUAGGAAUGAUAGGUAAAGAAAUUAAAAAAGAAGAUAAGGCACUAUUCUUAUAUGCCACAACAGUCACAAGAAUCAUGUUAGCACAAAAUUGGAAAACGGAGGCCAUACCCAAUAUAAGUGACUGGCAGAUUAAAUUGACAAACUAUGCCGAGCUCGCUAGAAUAACAGGAAGAAUAAGAGACCAAGAUGAACAGAAAUUUCACGACAAUUGGAUUAAAUACUGGAUAUAUAUUGGGACCAAAAUUUAAACGACACUGGCGGGACUGGAACAACUCUAACAGUAAAAGGCUACUAUGUAAAAGAGAUAAAAUAUGUGAUUAUAGAGUCUAUUUGAUACUUACCAAAGGAGUGGAAGGAAGUCCAAGGCUCGGCAGAGCCUAAAACAAAUGGAUUUAUGAUUUAUGGAAUGGAUAUAUUAUGCGUAACUUAAGUAUUGGACUUUGUAAAGGUUUAUAUGUAUAUAUGUAUAAAUAUUAAUAAAAAUUUAUCAUGAGAAAGUUUCUUUACUACCAGGGUACAAAACUAUUGGGCAUAAACAUAAGAACCUCUUCAUUCCAUGCACUGAUAAUAAGUCCCAGUCUAUACUAUCUCCUUUAGCGGCAGGCUACCCGGUAAAAAAAAUAAAAAGCAAACAUAAAUAGUUUAAGGCAGGCUUGGAAGAAAGGGGAAGUUCAGGGAAGAACCUGAGACUGAUUACUAGGUUUGCAGUGCAGAAGAGGAAACUAUUGCACACUUUUGAAAAAGCAUGAAAAUGUUUUCUGUGCUUCCCCCCUCCCCUUUUUGAGGUCUGCUCAAACCUUACUGCUGUGCAUUGUGAGAAUAUAAAGAGAGUCAUGAGACAGUACCUAUGGGCUGUGCAUUUUAUAUUUGGAACAUCAGUGCUGCUUCUGAUCCCUGAAAGAUGACUGUCCCAGAUAUGCCCCAACAGCAGAAGUGUGGAGUUUGCUUUUACUGCACAAACUGAACAUGGCAAAAGGUCGUUUGCUCCUGUUUCUUAAAGAACCUCACUUUAGGCCAAGACCCUUAUUCUGCAGGUUAAAACAAUGUUUUUAUAAACAGACCAACGAACCAGGCAUGUUCAGCAACAGCAGCUGACCACAGAUCAUUAUCGGCCUGUCAAAGUAGGAAGUAUUUUGGCAUUUCCCCUUGAUAUCUUAUUGAACAUUCUCUCAGAAAUCGGAGGCCCUGUAGUUGACGGGGUCACCUGCCUGCUAUUUGUGGCUUAUCUGUGUGUCUCUGUGUGCAUGCAGUUAGUUUGUACCAUUUUGGUUUUUUUACCGCGCCUUCCAGCAGCGCUCUCAGGGUGUCUAGCAAGAUCACUGUCGGCUGACUGGGGGGGGGGGCGUGAUGCAGCUUUGUCAUGGUGCAACUGCUCCAACGCCCACAGCAUGUGCAGAUUAGAUAGCAAGAGUGGCUUUCAAGGGCUCAACAGGCAGAGAGUCCAAACGCCCUCCAAGUGCUCUGUUUGCGGGUGAGGGGAGGAUGACUAUAUAACGUAACUGCUUCAGGAUUUCUCUUUGAGAAAUUGCUGAGGUAGGGAAAGCAUUGCAAAUAUUUUAGCAGGCUGGAGAUCAAAGGUGCCCUUUCUCCCCCAGAAGUCGGAGCCACAAUCCAUUUCCUACUCUCUCCGGAGCUUUCCUCCCUUGGAUCCCUGGCUGUUGCUGAGUGGGAUUCCCAUCUCAGCCACAAGAAAUGCUGCCGGCAAUUGUUCUCUCAACAGCAGCAGCCUCUUGUCCCCUGCCCACUCUGGCAUUAGGAGAUUUGCAGCUGGGGGGAAGGAGUGGGUGGGCAAGCCAGAGGAGGCAGCAACUGAAAGGAGGGGAAGUUGCUGAGCUUGCUGAGAGCAGCAGCACAGCUUUAAAAAUGAAGAAGAGUCUAUCUGAGGUGAGGAAACUCUGUUGCAGGCAUCAGGAACAGGGGGAGAAGAUUGGGCGGGGUGUGUGAUUUCUUUUUAAGAUGCCAGUGGAGAAAAGAGCAUGAGUAUCCUCCCCUCUAGCACUUCCUCUCAUUUCAUGUCUCCUUUUUGCAAGGAAUAUGAUGUGAAAAUGGAGAAGCCAUGUGGGAAAUGUAAGUGGGAACACUUUUAUUCUAAAAGCAUCACAUCCAGGAAACCACGGUACUUUCAUACACACGCACACAAACACAAGCACACACGGUUGCCUAGAUUAAGGGAAGGACCUCAAUAACUUUUGUUUCUCUAUAGUUCUAUGGUUCUGUGAUUCCAGCGCCAAUUGGUUAUAGCUAAAAACUCGUGAAAUGAGCCCUCUGAAAACUUGGACAAAUCACACUGAUGCCUGAAAGAUAAAACCAUGUAGGAGUCUGACUAGUAGGCCUGGGGCAGACAUUCCAAAUUACAGGCCCCAUUACAGAGAAGCUCCUGCCCCCAUUAGCCACCCAUCUCACCUCAGAAUUUGGGGGUGUGUGGUGGAUUUUACAUACAGAAGCAGUGAUCUCUCAGAGAAGCUGAUGCCAAAGCUUUACUCACAGACCAAAUGUAGGUGGAGCCAGAGGCAGAGCUAACUAAUUCUAGGUUUGUGCCCAUCCUCCUCCGUGCUGAAUUCUACAAGAGGAGGAAGCUGGUAAGCAGUGCCGCCCCCUAGAUUGCUUGUUAGAAAGAAGGCAGGCAGAUGGACGUUGACUGAAGGAGGGUAGAUUGAGUUUAAUGGGGCAGUGCCCCCUUUGCUCUAAUGGAGCACAGACUUUGCAAGGAGAAUGUCAAGCAGGUUUUUUUAUUUCUCCCCAAAUCUCAAAAGUCACACACUCUUCCUUUCCCACACAUAUUAUGCCUCUAUUUGAAUGCAGAGACGUUCUGCAAACAUUUUUGUCAAUCCACUGUCCUCUGGCCAAUCGGUUCUACAGCACUCAGCCAAUCCUAAUCUAAUAAUAUAACUAUGGCAAAGAAGUUCCUCCCAUGUGUCCCUGGGCAGAAAAACCAUGUAAAAAUGGAGUGCUAGGGCUGCCAGUUUUCCAGCCAGAGUAGUGAAGGUUCCCCCUUCUUCCAAUUCUGUUCCAUUGUGUUCCUCAGUAUAGAUCUAAUAGGGCUGCAUUGAAAAAUAGUCCAAGCAUGCUUGGAAUUGUUUCCUUGAAGGCCACACCUCAAAGUAUGCCAGGAGAAGGGAGUGGUUGUUAGUUUGAGUGGCUAGGUUAAUAUAUAUAUAUAUAUAUAUAUAUAUAUUUGUUAAGAGAGAGCAAUGGUGAGCAAAGUGUAGCUAUAAUUCUGUAAUAUCUAUUUUUUACUUAAUCAUUUGCAUUUAUUUUUGUGAAAAGGGGUUUGGGAGAAGUGGUGGGCGGCUUCUGCAUGUGUUGCAGCUUUCAACACUUACAUGGUAUUAGAAAUGCAGGGUUUGGGUGUGUGUGUCUAGAUCUGAGAGAUGUAUGGAGGGAUUGCAUUCUUGCUUUCCCCCCUUAGGUUUUAAAAAUGCUCCUGUGUGUUUAGUUGGUUAUUGUGAGAACAGUUUGCUGGACUAGAUGGGCCGUUGGUCUUAUCCAGCAGCCUCUUCUACUGUGAUGAUUAUAAGUACAGUGGUACCUUGGUUCUCAAACUUAAUCCGUUCCAGAAGUCUGUUCAACUCCUGAAACCAUUUGAAAACCAAGGCGCAGCUUCCGAUUGGCUGCAGGAACUUCCUGCUGUCAAGCAGAAGCCACGUCAGAUGUUCGGCUUCGGAAAAAUGUUCGCAAACCAGAACACUUACUUCUGGUUUUGCAGCGUUCGGGUUCCAAUUUGUUAGACAACUAAGCCAUUCAAGAACCAAGGUACCACUGUUUCUACAAAAGCUACCUGCUGUGGAACCAUCUUAUUAAAUGUAGAGUUUCCACAUCGAGUGAAGCUGCUGCACCCUGUGUAUGCUCAUACCAUUUUUCUCUGAGGCUUUUAGUUCCUAAUUGUAUCUCUGCUGAAAGGUUUGUGAGUACAUGCUAAUACUGAAGACCUAAUGUCCUGUUCUGAAGCAGCACAGUCCAUGGAUGCCCCAGAAGACAGAAUAUUGGUCUGGGGCAAUGGUGAGAAUCUAGAUCAGUGAAAGAGACAGUCCACUGUGUAGAUAUUCACAGGCAGCCAAUACAGAAUGGGUUCUGGAGAAACAAGAGAGCAGGAUAUAAGAUUUGCAGGACCAUGGACAGAUCACUAGGUAGAGGGAACUUCCUCCAACAGUCCCAGAUAAUGGCUUAUAUCCUUCAGCACUUCAGACCUAAGUACACUCCCAAAUACUCCAUCCCCAUGGAAUGGAGAUUCUUAAGGUACUGCCCUCAGGUCUGAGGCCUGGCACUUUGAUGCUUUUUUAUUACUUACUGAUCUUAUGUUCUUUGCACUGAUGAGCAGGACUUAGGGAGCAAGAGGUUGUGGGAUCUUGAUUUCCAGGCUCAAGAUCAGGGGCUGGGUCUUGCUCCUCUGGUAGGGAUGUGGGCAAGAUGGACUCAACCAGCACUUCUCACUCCUCAUCCAAGCUAUUGCUUUUAGGCUCUUGUGUGAUCUGGUAUUCCAGUUACGUAGGAUUGCUGACUGCGCAGAGAGCCCACACACCAACAGCUUAGUACAGUUUGCUCGUGGAGGUAAAUGUCUUCAUAGUCCUAUAGAUCUUUCCUAAUAACUGCUCUUUCCUACAAUAAAGAUGUGAAUCUUGUACUUUGGUUUAGUCAGUCAGAAUCUAUAACAGAACUUUUCCACUGGUUGGCGUGGCCAAAGGUAAAAGUGAGCAGAGCUGUGUAUCUUUUUACAUUUGGCUACAUUCUGGCCAUUGAGAAAUCACAGUGCGCGCACACACACACACACACACACACACACACACACACACACACACACAAACCUUCAACCAGUCAAGCAAGAGGCGUUAUCACAGUUCGCAGACACAUUCUAGCCAGGCAAAAGCACCCAAGGAAGACGUGGAUCACAGCCAGUGAGGGGUUGCCUUGUGAGAGCGGGGGUGGGAGGGGCAUGGGCUGGGGAGAGUCCUGGGAGCGAGGUGAAGAGGCCAGGAAGAUGACAUUCAACCCCUGGGCUUGAGGUUCCUUAACCCAAUCUAUAAGAUCGCUGAAAACUCUAACAUCAUAUGCGUGGGUGCUUGGAGGUACUCUUAAAAGUUGUUCAAGUUGAAAUCCACCCCCACAAAAAUCUUUGGUCCAUAUUUUUGUCUCUCUUAUACCUACCUAGUACCCUCCAGAUGUUGUUGGACUCCCUUCAUCCCUGGUCAUUGCCCCUGCUGACAAGAGCUGUUGAGAAAGUCCAAUUUCAUCCCAACAAUGUUUGAAUGGCACCACCUUGACUACCCCUGGUUUGGGGGCGGGGGGGGAGAUGCCAUUUCAAAAUAUAUUUGAUGUGCCCUGCAGUUGUUCAGGUUUCAAACCUCUCCCCUGUGUCUCUAGUUGCAAAUUUCUGUGUAGGGGAAAUAUAUAUACUAUAGAUAGAUAGAUAGAUAGAUAGAUAGAUAGAUAGAUAGUAUAUAUCCAUGUAAAUCUACAGGCAUGAAGACUCAAGGCCAUUGAAGUGCAUCCCUACCUUUCCACAGCACACACUUCACCCACAGUCUAUCCAGACAACUAAUUUCCAAAUAUGCCACAUUUACAUGCCACCUUUCUGUUGAACCACUCAAAAUAGUUUGCACUUUGAAAUAAUGUCUUGGAAUGAGACGCGGUGCCAACAAGAGGAAUGAAUAGAUAGGGAAGAGGAAGAUGACCACCUGUGAAAUAGUGAAGCCACAUAAUACAUGAAGACCAGGUGGAAGGUUUCAUUGCAAGAAACAGUUCUAGGAGGGGAGGACCCAAAUGGCAGCUGGCCCCAGCCAAGUUGGGGUUUGUGUAUGUGAGCCUUGUUAUCAGGCCUCUGAUGCAGCCAGGCAAGUUGUCUUAUGAUGGAGAAGGUUGUGGGAGAGAAAGGGCCAAAUAUUCCCAUCCAGGCUGGUGAAGGAGGGCCUUGCCAUCUCUCCUCUCCUGAUAUAGCCAGAUGGAGCUGAGUGAUGAGUUCUCAGCUGUGGCUAUUCUAUAAAAAGUGCAACCAGAUCAACACCUUAAAAAGCAAAACAUUAUGGUCAAGUUGUAUUUAUUGAAACAAACACCCCUUCGGAAGGCAGUGCAAUAAAGACUGUUAUACACUAAAUGAAUACAGUAUACAGCAUAUGGGCGAAAGCCAAUUAUUUAUUUAGAAAUUCUCUUACCUGCCCUUCGCCAUAAGGUCCCAUGGCAUGUGGCAGCAAUAGAAAAUACAAUUAUAAAACCAGCUCGAAUCAUUGCAAUAAUACAAUAUAUAAAACCAACCCACAUGGAGUAGAACAAUACUGUAUAAAUUGAGCAAAACAUUAUAGUUUUCAGCAACCGUAAUAGUGGGAGUGGAGGUAAGGAUUCAAGCAGUGAUUCCUGAUUUCAAAACACAUGUGUUAUGAGUGCAAAUGUACAAGAUAAAUCUCGUUAGAACAAUAGUCAGUGGUUUUUGAAUACAGUGGUACCUCGGUUUAAGAACUUAAUCCGUUCCUGAAGUCUGUUCUUAAACCGAAACUGUUCUUAAACUGAGGCGCACUUUCCCUAAUGAGGCCUCCCGCCACCAAUGCCCUUCCACCAUUCAGCUUCCAUUCAUAGACUGAGGUAAAGUUCGCAAACACUACUCCCUCAUUUUGAGGAGUUCGUAAACCGAAUAGUUCGUUAACAGGGCUGUUCAUAAACCGAGGUACAACUGUUCAGCCCUGUUAAUCCAGCCUUCUUUUCUCUCAUUUGUAACAUGAUGACCUCCCCUGUCGGAGGCAGUGUGCCUCUGAAUACCAGUUGCUGUGAAUCGCAAGUUGAAAGAGUUCUGUUGCACCCAGAACGUGCUUGUGGGAUUCCCAUAGGCAUCUGGUUGGCUAUGGUGAUAACAGGAAGCUAGACUAGAUGAACUUUCAGCUAGAUCCAACGGGGCUCUUCUUAUGGCAUUAUACAUUCUUAAACUUCUAAAAUUAACUUCCCUCCUCUGUCAUUCAGAUAGUGAUUCAUGCAUGUAUUCUAAAUGCCCGAGAGAACGUAGAUCAGGGCAUGGAUUCCCUCAAUUUUUCACAAUCAUCAUGUUCUUUUACAGGAAAGCACCAAAUUUACAUCAGGCACGGACUAAAACAUGGUGAUCAUGCUAUGGAGGCAUGUGGAAUAAGUCAUGUUUCCAGUGUACUCCAUUCAAUUCUCUUUCUUACCCUGGUUUUGCAUGUUUCUCUCCUCGCAGAGUUAUAGUUCCCAGCAACUUUAGCAAAUUACAGUGCCCAGAAUUCUUUUAGGGAAAGAAUGUGCUCUGAAUGUGCUUUAAAUGUAUAGUGUAUACACAGCCUUAUGGUUUAGGUACCCAGUGGAGAGACUUCUUACUGCCAAGAGCAUUACACAAAGCUUUUGCCCUCACAUGCGAUAUCUGAGCUCACUGGAGAAAGAACUGCGGUUCUCAAGGAUCUGGUUUUAGUGUUUUGAUUAAUACUGGAGACCCUGCAGCUUCUCUACAGAACUUGCUAGGUAGAUGUUAUUUAGACCACGUAAUAAAUUAGUGAGGUGGCUGCGCUGUCUCUACACAAACAACAUAGUGUCUGGAAAGAUCGUCACUCAUUGCACACAUGUUUAGGAAUCCCCUUUGUUUGUGUUAUUUAGAUGGGAAAUUAGAGGUUAAUAGAGCUUUUUACAAUGUCUCCUAUGUAAUUAGAAUGUCUGGGCACCCAGCAAUUUCUAGAAAGUUGCAGAAAGGGUUGCUUGCUUGAUUUGACUUUUGCACGGGGUGUAAAUGUUAAACAGGAUGGUGGAAUGAAUGUGGCUGCUCAUUCUGCCAGGUUCUCCAUGAAUUGUGAGGCAUAAUGCCAAAUGGCUUUCCUAAGACAAUUGAUUGUUUUCAGGAAAAGGGCCCAGUCUUUGCCUUUACCGAACCAUUGGAUACCUCCUGUAUUUUGGGAAACUGCCAUUCAUUUCUGAAACUGCAAUCAGCUGCUUAUAUUCAAAUCAAGAUGAACUAAGUUGUUCCUGCUUUGAAGUUCCUUGUAUGGUUCAUCUGAGCUCAUGGCUGAGAGAUUCACUCAUUUAUUAGGCUACAGCAGAGCUAUUUUACAUUAGCAAUACUGUCCAUCAAAUCUGGCAAAAGGCUUGUAUUUACUUACUUUAUUUUAUCCCACCCAUCUCUGAGUUGCUCAGAGUAGCAUACAUGGUUCCCUUGUGCACUCUAUCUCUCACAUGACAGCCCUGUGAGAUAGGUUAGCCUUAGGCUAAGAAAUAACAAUUUGUCCAAGGGCAUCCAGGACAUUAAUCCAAGCGAUAUCUGCAUCAUACUAUUAGGACGGUUUCCUUGGGGGGGGGUGUGAAGGCUGUAUGCCUCAAACCCUUCUAAUUCCUGGAUCCAGCAUGCAUUCAAUUCCUGCAAUAGCCAGGCUAGCUUCCUGGUGAGUUAAUGGUCCUCUAAGUAUGGACCAUUAAGGUAACAAAGGAAGUGGCUGUGUGCUAGACAACAAAUGGGUGGGUCCGCCUCCCACAAUUUGCUAGUAGUUAGAAAUACAAAGGCAGAGUUGGUGCAUGUGAAGUAGAAGCUAGAAGCAGGUGAGAGACAGAACCAUGCCCGAUUUCUGCUGUAAUCCAAGACUGUGACCAAGUAAGGCCUUCUUGGUGUGUUGAUGCCGUGAGCCUCUACAUCAGGUUGUACAUAUGUGUAAAUAAACCAUAUACAGUGGUACCUCGGGUUAAAUACGCUUCAGGUUACAUAUGCUUCAGGUUACAGACUCCGCUAACCCAGAAAUAGUACCUUGGGUUAAGAAAUUGUGCUCCGGCAGCGUGGCAGCAGCAGGAGGCCCCAUUAGCUAAAGUGGUGCUUCAGGUUAAGAACAGUUUCAGGUUAAGGACCUCCGGAACAAAUUAAGUACUUAACCUGAGGUACCACUGUAGUAUUACAACACCACAGUUUCUGCUGUCCCUUAUUCAAAGCGUCUAGAACCCUUGGAAUCUCAGAGAUUUGUUUGGUGUGCAACACUACAUUUCAAGCACUAUCAUACCUCAUUCCCCCAAAGAAUCAUGGGAAUGAUAGGGUGCUGGGUAUUGUUAGGAGACCGCUGUUUCCCUUACAGACCUACAGUUCCCAGAGUUCCUUAGCAAGAACUCUUAAACCGCUCUGAGAAUUGUUGUUUGAGGGGAAAGGGAGGGCUCUGCUAAACUCUCAGCAACCUGAACAAACUCCAGCUCCCAGGAUUCUGGCUCAGAUCAUUUUUAAAGAGCAAUUGCUUUGGGGCAUUCCUGGUCUCCUCCCAUGUGGGUUACAAGAGUGAGUGGGAGAGUGGUGAUUAGCAGCCACGGGACCAUAAGACCUAUCUGACUCCACUGCAGGGCUGUUGUGCAGCAGCUGGGCAAACAAGGGGAUGUGAGAGGCUCUCCUGAACAUCCCCUCUUUUUCACAGCCAUGAGUGUUAAAAUUGGUAUAAUAGUGCUUUAAAUGUACCGUACGGAUGUGGCCAGGCUUUAAACCUGUGUGACACUCCAACCACAACCCCACACUGGAAAUGGCCUGUUUCAUUGUGGGGGCUCUGGAAUUUCCCUCUCUCUCUCAGUUCAUUUUUCAAAUCGUUAAAUAAGCUUGAGUCAGCACAGUUCUGCCUUUAUUUCCCUGAAAGCCAGCAUGAAAGAAAAAGAUUUGGGGGAAAUGUAUGCCAUUCUGUAACUUGCACAUUUUAAUUCUAGAUUUGAAGACACUGGCGUUUCUCCAGGAAGCAUUUUCUGAUGGCACUCCUAGCUACAGCAGAGACAAAGAUGGCUCUGCGGAGACCAGGCACAUUGGCGUUCAUCCUGAUCAGGAUCUGAGUUCUGCUGUAGAAAAACAACAGUGA